AUGACGAAACAAGAAAUUGAAAGAGAAGUCAAUAUUCUUCGUUCAAUCAACCAUCAAAAUAUCGUAAAAUUGCAUGGAUUCUACGAAGAGGAUAUGAAUUUUGUGCUUUUACUUGAGCUGUGAGUAUGCAUGAUUGAUGUUGGUUAAUUUGUACAAAACUUAUGAAAAAAGAUUUAGAUCGGAAUUUGCACGAACGUGAUUUUGCUGUUUCUGGUAUUAUAAAGACAAACUUUGCCGAUUUCUCGUUUGAGUUAGAAACCCAAACCGUCUUCGCGACGGUGGUUGAAUAUUCUGUAAAAUACUUACAAUUAAAUAUCUACUUAUAAAUCAAAUUUCGAACAACUAUCUGCGUUCUCAGUUGUAACUUUGUCGAUCAUUCCUCUCUUCAUAGUUUUAAAUAUUCGCAUUUAGAUUUUGUUAGUGGUUGAGUCCCAUCUUAUGCAUCCGUCUCCCACUGACAUUUACUUUGAUCAGGUUUUUAGAACGUGUCUUGCUUCUCCAAACGCUUUUGUCCGCACAGUGGUUUACAGAGCGCCUUUUAAAUUUUAAUCAUGUCUAUGAGGCCCUCUAAGUAGUUUUUGAAGACUGCAUUGCAGGACUCUACUUGAACAGUUUUUUGUGGUCUAGCAUGAUCGUGGAAAAAAGCCACAACAGUAUUCGUUCCAAGCAGCUAGCUGAGUACCACGUCCGAGAGCACUAGUGCUGUAAAUUGGAAAGUUAGAAUGCCUUUUCUUCUAAACUUACCAUUUGAUAAUUUUUUAGAUUUAGUGCCUGAAUAUGUGCGUACUUUUUUCUCUUGAAAGUGUGGCUGGCGGGGAGCUUUUCGCUCGAGUCGCCGAGCUAGAAAAGCUUCCGGAAGAAGAAGCUUCCUUCUUUGUUACUCAAAUACUGCGCGGGGUUGAGCAUCUCCAUCAGCUCGGAAUAGUACAUCUGGAUUUAAAAGUAACUAUUUCCUCAUGUUUUAUUUGCAACUGGAUCAGUACCUGACGCUAUGUUUUUCCAGUACUUUGAAGGCCACUUUUGAAAUACCUAAAUUUUAAAAUUUUGAACUGUUAACGUAAAGAACAAGUGGCCAGCAAAUAGAACAAUGCCUUGGAAGGAGUAUAUUUGUUUACAUUUUUUGUGCUCAAACUUAAUUGGUCCAAAUCUCCUGAGGCGGCAAUUUUUUGUUUGAGGCUCACCUGCUUAAUACUGUCACCGUCAGCUCUAAGAAAGUCUUGACUUGCCUCCUGUCAAGGCUUGAUAUCUAUGCCAUGUGUGUAAAACUCCCAGCAUAUUUUAUCUUGAUGUUUUUAAGUCCCAUCUUAAGCCGUUUUUGAACGUCCGCUUCAAUUUGUCAAAUUUUUUAGUAAGGCGGCCACAGUAGGUUGGUUUCCGUGUCUGAUGCAGUUAACUGUUCACAGAAACCAUAGUAAAAUUUAUUUUUUUCUCAGAUACACAACGUGUAUGGCAAGCAAAUGCAAACUCAUUUACCAUGAUAUCGAUAUAUUGUUUCUGCGUGAGGCUUUCAUGUAACACUUGUAUACCACAUUCGCUUCGACCUCUCUGCAGAACUGAAUUUUGCGCAAUGACCCCGCUUACUUCAUUUCCCGAGAGCUAGCAAAUUCUUGGCGGGUUACGCCGAUAGGUUUAUAUCCGUCCUUUUGUUCUUUUCAUCCAGAACGUAGUGCCACGAGGGCACUUUCAAUACUCAGAAUUUCAGUUUGAAAAACAUAGCCUUGGACAACUAGAAGUCACUUUGUCUUCGCCCCCCUGGAUUGCCAUUCCAAUGCAUUUUAACGAUACUGUAGUGCUCGAUCUUCACUUACCACAUGAUAUUUUCGCCUGAUGACAGGAGUAGAUCCAAAUCAUUUGCUUUCGACUUUAGCACACAGUCCUCUCAAUCUUCCCUGGGGAGAAAUCGAGAAACAAAAAUCAAUUUGCUCGAGCACAGAUUCUUGAUAAUAAGUAGGUCAAAGACUCAAUGUCAUUUUGCCUGUCAUCUACGUUAGAAUCACAAGUAGCUAUACGUAGAACUUACAAGUAAGCACCCCACGCCUGUUAUUUGCUUAUUAUUUAUCAAAGAAUUUAAGGUUUCGACGAAAGAUACAAGGCUCUACUGGUUUUUAGCACGCAUAUGAUUGCAGGUCUAUCUUGAUUUUAACUUUUCUAAGAAAUGUCUUGUAAGGUGGGCUAGACAGUAACUUUCUAUAGAGCAACAAGCGUAUCGCAGAUAGGUUCGUCGAUUGGCUAUGGUGCAAAAGUAAGAAAAAAUAUUAGAAGUACAGGGAACUCGUUUGCCUUCAAGGGAAUUUUCGAAUAGAUUUAAAAUUGAGUUGUUUUUGUUCUGCAAAGGUCCAAAAAUCAGGAGCCCUAAUUAAGAUCAGGGAAGCUUUAAGUGAAGUUCGUAAAUUUAUGCUGAAAAAUUUUGUAUUCCUUUUUGAAGGAUUCUUAUGUGGAUAACUAGAUGAGAAAAAUGAUUUUUUCGUCACUGGAAUCGGGUCUUGGUUUUCCAAGAUGUUGCUUUUAUGCUAGAACGUUCUGCCCACCGUCCGUAUGACAGUUUACCAGACCAGUAAUUUAGUACCAACAUCCUGGAAGCCUGUCACUACGUAAGAAGUGCUAGAAAGAGGCAAAAGUUUACGAUUCACGUAAAACAUGAUCUCAAGUAAUAUAACGUUUUACAAAACAUACCGUCUUCCCGAGCGUCAAUUUAAAAAGAGUGGUUUGUUAAGUUACCCCUUCGUAACUUUUGGUAACCGAGCAAUUCGCUGAGCAGACCGAUGGUAAAGGUUUUAAUUUGGGAACCAUCACCUUCGCACAGUCCCCUGCAGAAUAUAGAACUUGCGCUAUGUGGAAUCACGGUUCCGAUAAAUCAAACGUACAAACAUUUACUUGUGGAAAUUCUGAUAAGCCUUUUUAUGCUGGUUCCCAUAAUUUGCUCUGGUAAAUUCCUAUUUUAAAACGCUGAAAUUAGUAAAGAGAGCUCGCAAGAAUUACUUUCAUGGUGUUCAAAAAGGUCUCUGAGCACCCUUUCAAAAAUUAAGCAGCCUCGAUGAAAUUAGAAGCCACGACAGCAAGGAGUAGACUUAAGUAUAGCCAAAGCUCUAACCGCCCGAGCCACGAGACCUCACUGGGAGAUGUCAGUCUACUCAGAAUUUGGCCAAGUUAUCCGAUCAGACCACCACAGUGUAUGAAAUCCACCAAUUCUGGUACAGUAAACGGAAAAGGCAAGUUAUAAUCCACUUGGUGACUACCAGUCUUCGUAGCUCUGGUGGUUAAAAUCUUGGCUGUGUUCAAACCUUGACUUUGUUGUCACGGAUUAGAAGCCCGCCAAAGCCUCUAGUUCUUCAUAAUUACCCCGAAUAUAUUAUCAAAUCUUCUAGAACAGCUAUUUAUUCGCCAAGAAUUUUACUGUAAGCACCACUUUUUAAUUGUCUUACGUGAAAGACAUACUCAGCCGACCGACUAUUAAAAAGCAUUAUCUGAAACGGCGGUCAACAAACGAAAAAACGCGAGAAUUUUUGUGACAUGUGUUAGAUGCCGCUUUUCGCUCCGAAAACCACUGCGCCAAAGUUCGGAGACAGAAGUGGAAGUGUGGUGAAUACGGCAGUUAUGACUUUUAUUUUUGCUUGUUGGCGAGAUAACUAGGUCCUGCCCAGGACUGAGGACUAUGGUGGAAUGGCUUUGUCCGCAUAUGGACUUUACGACGUUCUUAUUCGUUUUAAAUUCUGGAUAUCUUCCCCUAUAAAACCUGGGAGUCUGUAUGUGGCACGCGUAAAUGGGACAUUCGGCCUUGUCAAUCACGGCACCAACCUCCUGACGUCGGCUUUUUUGCCUCAGACCAUACUUUGUUGGUCAUAAAAUCUACGCUACGAAGUUCAGGAGUGAAACAAUUCAGAAGAAUUACGGGCACUUUAUGUUACUUCUUCCGAGUCAGUAUAUGAAAUAUGCCUGAGUUAAACUGCUGCCAGAUUCUGGCCUCCGGCAAACUAUUAAAAAACGCCUGAAGUGGACAAAGCCAGUUUUACUUAACCGAUUUAAGGGGUUAGUACCUCACAAUUUCUUAACUAUUCCCUUUUAUAGGUGUUAUGGCAGAUUUCAAAUAAUUCAAUUUGACCCAACUAUGAAAAUCUCGGUGCCCCGAUGGGAUUCGGGGCCACGACAGCAAAGGCGGGCUUUAGUGCAGCCAACGCUCUAAGUAUCUGGGCUACUAGGCCCCACCGGACGACGCGAGUUUAAUCACAUUUGGGUCAAGUUUACCCACCCAGCUUACUGCAACGUUUGGUACCAUCAGAUCUAAUACAAUAGGCUGACUGCCCAAGCAGGAUUUUCUACGUAAUAAAUCUAAAAUCCACCAGACGACUACUAGGCUGACGUACUUCAUAGGUGUUUUGGUAGAUUUCAAAUAAUUCACUUUGAGGCAACUGUGAAAAAUUCGGUGCCUUGGUGGGAUUCGACCCAAAUUUGAUCGAACUUGCAUCGUCCGGCGGGGCCUCUUAGCUCAGAUGGUUAGAGCGUUGGCUGCAUAAAAGCCUCCCUUGCUGUCGUGGCUUCGACUCCCACCGAGGCAUCGAGUUUUUCACAGUUGGGUCAAAGUGAAUUACUCCCUUUUACCUAGAAGGUAUCAUUUUUCGCAUAUACAAGCAUCGUUUAAUGACUUGAAUUGUAGGUACACCAGACAGAUGAAGACAAAAAAUUAGUCCUUUUAGUUACGAGCCCACUGAUUCUUCUGGUUGACUCGCAUGUCACCUGACUGGUGGUUUUCAGGUUUUCCACCAGCGGAGUGGUUUUUGAGACACAACGGAAUGACUUUGACCAUGACAUUCAUUGCCACUCGUUACCACCUUUUUACUUGGGAUUUUGUAUGAAACCAGUUUAUUUGUCAUACUGUGCGUGGUACGCGGCCUGAAAAUUCAUGUUUCAAAAUAACUGAAAGCGACAUUCCUAAUAACCUAUUCAGAUUGCCUCACGGAUUGAAAAGGGAGUUUAUCCCCUUUUCAAAGCCGCAUUGUAAGCGUUGUGCGUUACGGACAAGCCUUAUUGUUUAUCUAUAUUGUCCGCGGUUUCGACUGAUGUAUUUCACACUAAAGUCGAUCAUCUUUGAUAAUUUCACUCGGCUUUCCAUCUCUCAAACAAUCGAUUUGAAAAGUCUCAAAGCGCCUCAAAGCCAAAUUUUACAACGGGCCACUUCAUCUCCCUAUACACCUUUUGGAAAAUAUAUGCCCUGGUGUCUUGAUUCUCACUCGACCUACCAUCCGGAUGAAGUCUUGUUCAUUACAUUUUGAGAAUCAUCACCUUUGUGUGACAGGGGCGGAUCGGGGCGGCUAAUUGAUUAUUUGCUACAUUUUAUCUGAGCGAUUUGGUCCGUUCUUGCAAGAAAUACUCUGUAAUCACAUGAAUAGCGAAUUAAAUCCACCAUAAGUGACAAUAUUUUGGGCGGCGCCUCAACUGCCAUGACUCAGAAGGCCUCAAACAAGCGCGAUAAACGAACUUUCGAGACCGAGAGCUUAAAUACCGUGCUGCUUGUUAACGUAGCUCGUGACAAUUCGACCGUCGCAUCCACCGAUGUCCACCGUAUGCUCCACAGAAAUGUGAAGCCGGCACAGUCACUUGCCCCACACCUAGCGCACUCUCUCUUCCUCCCCCACCUGAAGCCGGUGUCAAGACCCAGUCCGGAAGACGGGGAACGGGGAAGGGCGCAGGUGGAUAGCGCGGCCGAGUCCGCACCUUUGCGCUCCAUCUCACACCCAUCCGGGUGCACAACAAACACCUGACCAGGAUUUCAAUCAACAAGAACGCGGCAGCGGUUCAGAAGGACGUGGAUGGGUGGACAACAAUGCUCACAGCCUGUAUACCCAGCGGGAUCGCGAGGGCAUCCAUCGGCGGGGAGCCAGAUUUCGGAAAACUGCCAUCACAUACCAGGCUGCGAGGACCAUGGCUUGCUGAUCCUGGCAUAGCAGACGAUUUCAGACCGUUUGGCUCAGAAGCCUAUAAAGCACCGCUGACGGACAGAUGAGGAAUCAGUGCACAUGGGAUAUGCAGGAGGGAAGAACUGGAUGUCUGGUCAGGCACUGCGCCCAUGUCUCCCUCCAGUCGUUUUAACUGACUCUUACGACCGCAACACAGUGGGAGUUGCAUGAAGAUGUAAGGUCUGUACUUCCAGGAGCUUGUAUUACUCACUGAAUACGGUGGAUCGGUAUCCAUGCAUUCGGAAAAGGAUUCAUCGAACGGAUAAAAAUGAGGGCUAAACUCCCGUUUUCCCAUUACAUUUUGCGUCUAAAUACUUGGCCUAUUAUCGUGGCUUAUGGUCAAGGCGCUUUUAGCUUUUUUGACGAUACUAUGUAUGUUGGCCCGCAUAACGCGUCAUAUGUUGAUCGUAACACUCCUUACAACAACAAUCCUUCCACAUUUAAUCGCGGUCUUAUCCGUUUGUCACCGGUAAAAACUGAUCAGUUUGGAAUCGUAAAGGAGUUCUGGGAACUCGGAGAAAAAUACGAAUGGCGGGUCUAGAAGGGAUUUUAUUUUAACCUAAACGGUUGUGACUUUAAUCAACAAAAGAUCAAGUACGUCGAAUUUCAUGUGACUUCCAGAAAGGAUUCAAGGCAGCUAGAAACAGAUGAAUAUCAGUCCCACUUUAAAGGCUUUUGUAGAUGUACAGUGAUCAUGUUGCAAAGUCGAAUGAUUUUUAUUCAGUUCAAAACAUUCAUUGAUUUCUUCGUUGGCAUUUAGCUUAUUUACUUGCAGUAAACUCCCGUUGAUAUUUAAGAAAGUUCAUUUGGCAUCCAAAUGGUUGGAGGAAAAAUUACAGCCCUUGCCAAAAAGUGACCAACAGUUUCUUUUCCUAUUGAACAACUAAAAACCUGGAAGCGCAGAAAUAUUUUCGCGUAUGCUCGAAAGGCCACGCCGCAAUUUUGCGAUCCUCACUCAUUCAAAGGUGACCAGCUCUAUCUUUGCUGUCUAUUAUUUACUCAAACACCGCUGCAUCAACUUUAAGUGGUAGUCAAGAGUAAGCGUUUUCUCCUUACUUUCGGAAACAUAUUUGUCCAAACCGAGACGCUGAUACAAAAACAAUGGCUGGUAUUUCUGCAGUUCAUUGCAAGACACAUUAGUGUCCCUGGGUUUAUGAAAUUAUACGGACGAAGGAGCAAAGUUCAAGUUCAACUAAUGGCGAUUCAGAAGUCAUUCCAGGCAGCAUGCUGACUGCAAAUAAAGAGAAUCCGAGCGCUGUUAGUAGCAAACUUCUUUGGAACAACUGUCCCAAUCUCAUGUAAUUUUUUGUUAAAAUAGAGAACUGCGAUAGAUACAAAUGUUGCCAAACCGCAUGUUGACCAGUGCCUUACGAAAUGAAGGCGCAGAGCGCGUUCGCCCGUCAAUGCAAUUAUUAACAGUUAGAACACGGCGAAUAACCACCGUUCAGAGAUACAUGCAGUAACUUCUGAGGAUUUUUUUGCCUCCGACUGCAAUCCUCGUCACUUUCGUUCUCCCAGUUCUGUUAUUUCCAAAACAAUAAUAUGGUAGUUAAUACUAUGUAAAAACUAUUGUUACUUUUAACAUGGAGGCAUGAAAAGGACUGCAUGAAAGCCAGUGUUUUGAACUCAAGAAACAUACGAACCUUAAGUGUUUCGACUACUAUAAAAGAGAAAAUAGUUAAUAGCGCAUAUUUCAUUUUGAACUCAGAUGCUGUAUUGCGCGACUUCGCGGGAGUCGAUCUCAUGACAAGCACUUCCUUGUUACAUAGCGUUCUCCGGUACGUCUUGUCUCCCAGCAAUAAACUGACAACCGACGUUACAACUUGUCUCGGUUGAAAAUAGAAAUGUGAUAUGGUCGCGGCGACAUGGAUUUUACUCGCUCGACGUUUCAGAUUCUCGUACAUCACCGGGAACACCUGCAGGCAGAAUUCUUGACCCUGCGAUUUCAUCAUCAUCAUCAUCAUCAUCAUCAUCAUCAUCAUCAUCAUCAUCAUCAUCAUCAUCAUCAUCAUCCAAAUUAAUUCCCGCGACUCGCUCCUCUGCUUGCACUGGCGACCUAUAUUAUUCUUCAAAACUCGCAAGACCGGAGUCUGUCUGUUCCUUAUAAGUUAACCUGCGAAUGGGCUAUGUAUAGAUUGUACAUACAGGACCCACAAUCUGGUAUUUACCGAUGUCCAAAAACAUACAUUCUUCGAGAUGCUUUUACAUAGACGAUUACUUGAAUGAAGUUUGCAAACAAAUUAGCGUGGGAUAUAUUUCAAGGAUACUUGAUACUCCCAGCAGGCUGAUUUCUAUUAAACAUGGUUCCAAAGACUUAGGGAAGAUGAUUUUCAGAAAAAAACUACUAAAGUAGCUUGUGUUGUUCACGCACUGUGAUGAUCGCCCAUUCCUCCCACCAAAUAACUGACGGGCUAGGACAGUGGCAGAGGGCUGGGAAUAGGAUCAGAGAGUGAGGUCGAUGUCUCAGCGCAUUUUCCUUGAUACAAACAAUCAAAUACGCUUGAAGCUAUCACGGCGCGCUAAAAGAGCUUGGUUCGGAAGCCGGCUAACUGAAGGGAUAACUCGGACCUCGCAGUCGGCUCAGUUUUGUCUGUGUUUAUGUGGAGCGACCGAUUGGUGGUCUAAGAGUCAGGCUGCGAUGGCUCCUUCUUAAUGUGGCCUCUAUGGCGCUCCCACUCCGUGGGAUCCGAGCCGGGUGUGGCGGCACGCCUAUGGGCGGCUUCGGCCGUGCAGGGCCACCUGCUCGCUCUCCCACAUCCGGUCUUCAUGACUUGGUCAUGACACCGGGUUCAGGUGGGGGGAAGAGAGGCUGAAAGUCACCGUCCCUGCUUUCAAGCCGUUGUGGAGCACACGGUGGUCAUCGUCGACAACGACUACCGAGAUGUCGUGGUGAUCGUUUGAAUUCAUUCGGGCUUUCUAGAAAACAUACAGUGUGGUGGAAAUGCGUUCACCAAUCAGGUUACCGGACAUAAUCGUCUUAGUGGGGCUCGAGUUCGAGACUUCGCGGGCAGCCCCGUAGUGACUGGCAGAAUGAGGAGUACUGACAAGAGCAGAGGGAAUAAAGGUGGAACUAGAUUAAUUCCCAAAACGCAAUAGAAUGAGCAUGUCCUUUAACUCGGUCGGUUAACGCACUUCCAACUCAAGUUAAUAUUUCUGAUCCCAACCGACAGAAUAACCAGCCCAGGGCUCAAUGGUUAAAGUGUUGGACUUGAUUACGCUUGACUACAAAAGAAUGCGGGCUUGAAUGUUAGAUCCUGCAAACUGGGAGUCGAGUAAGGCUGGCUGACUACGUUUAAUAAGUCGGAUAUGACCAGUCCGGCGCUUUUACUUUAGUGAGUUCUUAUCCCUCUUAUGCCCCUAAACGGGCUGCGCGGUGAAUACGCCGGACUAGCACAGGAUCCAGGCUGGAGUUCGGCAGGCAUCAUAGAGAAAGUGCGCAUCCAUAACAAAUACCAGCAUUUGACCAUGGCGACAGGACCAGAUGCCGGCCAACCUCGCAUCAUUCGGGAUCCGAGCCAUUUCCCUGGUGUAUAAACUCCUGGUCAGUAUAUGCUGUUAACCAGGGGCUGUGGUAGUACGCCCAGCUACGGAUUCUCGCCACGCCAGCCACCUGCGAUCUCUCCCCCCCUCCGGUCUUCGUGACUCUGUCUUAACACCGGAUCCAGGCGGGGAGAGGGAGAUGGUGCGGUAGAUGCUGCGCAAGUCUAUUCUCACUAUAAACUAAUUUACGCGCAAGUCAGCGUCCCUGCUCUCAAGCUGCUGUGGAACACACACUGGACAUCGCAGAAAUCGACGGCAGAACUAUCACUUAUCUCUCUACAGAAAUGAUGUAGACGAAGUCAUUCCCCUUGCUGAUUUUGUGGAAAGACCUCAUCCCCAGGUGCGAUGUUUAGGGAGGCGAGUAUUGUGAUGCAAAAAUAUACCUAGGUCUUGUGCAUUUUGACGUAAAGACACUGUUUUCGCCUGCUCUGGUGAUUUUGACGCCACAUUAUAUGUAUCUGCCCUAUGAAGGGAUUCACUAGAUUUUCAUAAAAUAUUGCAGAAAUGUAGAGCAGACUUGCGUAAUUUUCAAGUAUUGCCGGGAAACCUGUGUACUUCAAUCAAAAUGAAUAAAAGUGCGAGUGUACCAAAUCCGAAAAACAGCAAACGGUUUCGGAAGCAAAACCCUCUAUUCUCUGGCGUUCAGUUUUAAAAAUACUUUGAGUUCCGGAAAUGUAAGUCUAGGUAGUGAUAUUUUUAAUCUGUUUUCAAACAUAAAACAAAUGUGGAACGGGUCUCGAUGCAGGCAAAAGGCCAGUAUCACGAAGCCACUAAGAAGAAAACUCGACCUCACACAGCAUAAUUAACGUUUUUCCUCUGGAACGAAGUCUUAGCUAGGGUUGUCUUGUUAAAACGACGAGUUGUAUUGAGAUAUUAAUUCCUGCUAAUCAGUCCUGCACUCUGACUUGAGAAAUCUUUUCCAUAUGAAGACAUGUCUGUAAAAUGAGGUCAAUUUUUCAUUAUUUUCUGCGCGCUCUUGGAGACAUAGGGAGCCAACCAAAACGCAGCCUGUGCAAGCCUUUUUUAGGCAUCUAAAAGAAUUUCUUAAAAUUCACGCAUUUUAGCCUGAAAGUGGCAGGGCAUCAGCUCACUUAAACAAAUCGAGGUGUCUUCGGGUGUAGAGUUGAACUGACGUUCUGGUAACUAUUCGUCUGAAUUUCGGGGUAUGCUCAGAUACUUAUAGUGAGAUUUGAUUGACUAGAAGACGAAGAAAAUUUGACAGAUGCCGUGCGGAUCCCAGUUAAAUAGCUAUACGUCCUAAUUAAAAAUGUCUUGCUGUGCAGCAGAGAACGAAGCAGAAAUUGUGGACAACCCAGGUCUCGUCUGCAGCAGCUCACUGAAGCACCAAGAACCCCUUCAUUUUAAACUGAAUCCCUUUGCAUCUGACUCGUUUAAGGCAUGUAUUUGAAUCACCGAUCCGGCAUGUCUUCGCUAAAUUCAGUUAAAACGGCAAAAAUUAUCAGCAGUCUGAGUUGACUUGACUAAACUAGGAUAAAUCUCGGCCGAUGUUAUUGUGGGAUUUAAUUUUUGGCAAAUCUCCUACGUCAUCGCUAUGCUUUUCAGAUUGUCUUGAAAAUAGCUGACAUAGGUCGUCCGCAUUUGGUUGAAAACGUAAUCAUACUACUAAGGUGGAUUCAUACCCUCGCAGUUUAUCGGCCCGUUCUCGGCUACUUGUGAAGAUUUUCGGUGACUUUCAUCCAUGGAAAGGCCGAAUUACGUGGCACGUUUUCGAUUUAUAACCAUCAAACCACCACGUGGAUAUUAGGUGACGGGAACAUGGUGUUUGAAGUCUGACAUGCAAGUAACAUAAUAAACAAGUUUGAAGGCUACACAGCAUGCAAACAAAAUACAAAUAGGAAAGUGGAUGGUGAAGAAUUUGUCACGAACGAACAGAUUAAAUACUUCCGCACCGCAAUCCAAUGUGUGAGGCGACUAUUUUUACAUCUAAUAUUUCCCCCUCGUAAUGUCUAUUAAUUUUAUUUGACUCAGGGUCUCAGUUAUACAGGCGUCAAGAGGAGAUCAAAAGGCUAAUUUGAGUUCAGCAGUGUUUGCAUGCCAAGAAAAUUUGUAGAGUGAAGAAAUGGAGGAUUUUAUUUUGGAAUUUGUGAAAUCAUUCUGGCCUGUGCGCAGCUGGCCUGGCUGUUAAUUUCAUUUCAAUUCCCAAAAUAUCGUCGUCUCCACAGACUGAGCUUUAGGGAACAUGCACCGACGAAACAUCUGCAACCGUUUAGCUACAGAUAGUUUCUUUGUUAGCGGCCACUGUGGGGCAGAUGGCGUUGUAGGCUCUCUCAAUAACACAAAGUGCGCGUUACUUGGUAGCAUGUGAGACCCGGUCACCUUUAAACUGAAAACGAAUUUUAAUGGGGUCUCAGAGAGUCAACCUAUUUCGCCACAUAUUGUUGUUUUUUCUGGAAGGUAACCGAGCAAGUCGAGUAUAAAUUUCCCUUAUCUCCUAAGGCGCCUAAAGCUCGGUUUCACUUCCGAGCAAUUGGCUUAAAAGUUUAAAAAAACAUUGCAUUUUACCUUGUCCUGUGAAAUACUGCCCGUCGGAUGGGGCCAUUUUCUGUUAACAAGGAAAGGUAGAACUGUGGUUCGUUGUCCUUGGCCCGAUUCAUCAUAAAUUAUUUUUUGGCAAGGUUUGGUUCUGCAACCUCACUUCGUUGAUGCCAUCUGGUCAGCUUCCAAAAAAUUUUUAGUAGGUGCGAGUACGCUGACUUUAUAAACAUCACGUGUUUGCACCUUCCUCACCACUUUAAUCCAGCGAGUGACUGGGCCACGGGGAGAGGAGUGCUUAUAUGCCAUCCUCGUUUACAUCAGACAUCAGUUCACACGUGCUUCUCUGCGCGUGCUUCGAGCCCCACUUGCGCCCUCUUUAGUACACCAGUCCAGCGAGUGACUAAGUGGGCUUCUUAAUGAAAUUGUUUGAAUGGAUUGGAACUCCACCGGUUCAGUUACAAUGGCCAUACACCGCGCAUUGCCACGCGGUUCCCUCCGUGGCCUUCCAGUUGUGGUUGCACCCUCCUUAUCCUACUAAUCCAGCAAGUGACUCUGUCGCGGGGGAAGUGUGUACACGCCACCUUCACGCGCUUCCCUGCGCGUGCUUCGAGCUAUGCUUACGAUCUCUUUCCCUUCCUAAUCCAGCGGGUGGGUAAAUUAGGCAUACUAAAAUUGGUCUAGGAAGCUAACCAUAUGGUAUCAAUGAAGUGGGGCUGCAGAACCAAACGUAGCCCAUAUUUUUUAAUAUGAGUUGUUAAUUUCAAUGCUCACAUCGUUAGCUCCGUUUGAAUUUGCAAGGCUCGCUAAUACCCCUUCGAUGUGGUUGCGUGGGACUUCUUGUGGCGCUUUGCGUCUGAGAAGCUGGUAAAAAGUGUUCUGUGCGUCUUCUGCUUCGCUCUGGCGAAAAGUCUCAUGCCCUUUCGAUACAGUUUCCACCUUUAUAUUUAAAUUUGCAUAUUUCACUUCGCAGAACUAUUUUAUGGCCGCACUGCGACUUGCAGCACUCUAGGGGUGACUGCCCGCAUGUGGAGGCACGACUGGCUCUUCCGAAGCCUCGCUGUGCAUACGCCUACUUUACCCGUAACUUCCCCCUCCCUAUGCGUCAAAAAACCCACGUCCGUACUAUUUUCACUGAAACGCCGGGAAGGGGGAAGGGGAACAUGGUAGACGUCUAUUCAUCCUCAUCCGCACUCUAGAGCACAUUAAGACCGCCGAACUGCCGUACAUGCUCCGUCAGCGUCCACCGAAGUCAUGCCUUGCUACUUUAUCGUUUCAGCUAUUCAAACUUUGGGUGGUGAAAGGUCCUUCUGUGAAAUGUUAACCUCAUCGUUAGCCGUCGCACUCGCGGUUACUAGGCCAUUUGUAAGCAUUCGUGCUACUCAAGUGCUUUCGGCAAGAAAGGCCACCUUUCGCAUGUCUUCCCCUCCAUUUUGUGCCGUCCUCUAAAACAACACCCCUUCCCUUCCUUUAUCCUUCCAGCCGGAGAACAUUAUGAUCGAAGAUAUGGAGACAAAAAGGAUCAAAAUAAUUGAUUUCGGUUUGGCAAGGCAACUAACUGCCAAUGAGACUCUACAAGACAUGGCGGGAACUCCCGAAUUUUGUGGUUUGUUCACCACUAUUUUCAGAUUUUUGCAUGAAUUUGAAAUGCAUGGUUCAUUGGCGAAGGGGUUUCUGUGAGGCAGGUGGUCUUGCGCUACAGUCCAGGAGUGGUUGGCGUUAGAACGCAGGACUAGGUACCCCCCACUCCCUGGAAUUAAGCGCAAAGUUAUCUAUAGUACUGAGAGAGGUCCGACCGGGAGUUCAGAUAUUCUGCCUUUAGCUAGCAGAGCAAAUAUGAGGCUUUGCUUAGCUUUUAGCGUUUAUAGAUUUACAAGCUCCAUCGGAUAAUGAAACAGGAGGCGUUAGUUACUAUAUGCCAUGAUUUUUAAGGACUGAGAAUAUCUUUCACUGCAAGUGUGCAAUGGUUGGAUUUAGCUUAAAAUUCGACGCGAUGCACGUAGUUAGUUCAGCCAAUCAGAAGGCCUGCGUACCUUUGCUCGUCCACUAAAAGAAAAGCUUGAUGCUUGAAAAGUGACAGCGGGAAUUUAGCUGGGGCACAAUUUUAGGACUAAAAGGAUUUUUAUGUACUUUUCCCUGAAGUUUUUUUUCCAGGAAAAGGAACUUUACUGUUAAUGAAUGAUUCACCAUACUUUCCAGGCAGAGCCAAAAAAGGGUUUCUUCCAAUGGAUUUGCUCCAAGCUCGCACAUUAACUUCUGGGGAAAUUGAAAAGGUCAUUUCAACUUUUCUUAAAUCCAGGGCGCUUUAAUUAUGUGGUCUGCUAAAUCUUUUAUGCAUCUUUCCCUGCAGUUGGUUAUGCCUCUAUAACUGACUACAUCAAAAUGAAUAAAGCCUACUGAAACAUUUAUCACUGCGGUAUUUACAAUAACUAGGUUUUAAAGUUUUCCGAAUGUCUUGACUUCACAAAGUCAGCGAAGGCGGGUUUUUAGCACAAGCACAGUUGUUUCAAUAGAAGCGAAGAGACGAGUCCCAGGAAGUAGUCUUGAAGAAGGAGACACGAUCGCCGGGACAAGAGCUUUAUUAGCCUGGCGUUUCGGAUUCCUACUCGAAUCCAUCAUCAGAGACACAGAAGCAGAGACGGGUGGUUGUUGCACAAGGGGCUGCGGUAUUUAUAGGAUGCAGUAGCCAUGCUACCGCAUACCUAUGAACAUUCACGGCUCCCCCCUUCAUCCGGCAUCGUCGCACUUGGUGCGAUCAUUGCUUGAUGGCCCACAUUCGAGUCGGAAUCAUGGUUUACUGGCCCCCAGUCCAUCAAUAAGUGCGACGAUCUUCCGACUCCAUACUCCGUGCUAAAACUUCGCCUAGGCGGAGUAACAAGCCAUUCGGGGAGGGCAGAGGUGAACACUUUUCCCAACACCGGGGUCGGUGCGUCAGAUGGUCGAGCAAUCAUCACGCAAACGUCCAACGCACGUGAUGAAAUUGUAGCAAUUAUCGACUCGAAUGUCGGCCAUCAAGCAAUGAUCACACCAAGUGCGACAAUUCCGGAUGAAGGGGGGAGCCUAUAAAUACUGCAGCCAUAUGUGCAUGAACCACCCUUAUCUGCUUAUGUCUCUGAUGAUGGAUUCGAGUAGGAGUCCGAAACGUCAGGCUAAUAAAGCUCUUGUCCCGGCGAUCGUGUCUCCUUCUUCAACACAGUUGUUUCAGCUGGACUCCGUGCUGGGGUAGGACUGUCUGGGUGAAAAGUGUUCUGGCAACAUUCAUUUCAAUAUUCCAGUUUUUGAAAGUUGUACCUGCCUGUGCACAUAUUUUUUUCUCUAUCGUUCGACCUCCUGAUCUUCGAAAGUUAGAUCAUCCGAACUGCAUAACCGCAUUCGAAGGUUCCGCAGCAUUUUUGUCUCUGGUUGUCUGUUAUCAUAUGUGGACUAAAACCGCCUACGCUUGUGCUUACUAACUAUACAACAGCAUCGACAGUAUCGCUUCAAACUUACAGGCAAAAGAAGGCAGAACCUUUUUCCACAAAGUGGUUCAUGGGGAUUCCGGAAGAUAGUGUGUUAAGUGGUUUGCACUGACGUGCACUAUCUUCAACAGCUGCUACGGAGGCUGUAUUAAAGCAUGCCCCAACAACAGUUGCCGUGGCUACGUAAAAGGGCGCGACUGAAUGUCAACGAAAUUUAAUUUCAGGCCACGCUACGGUUUCUGCCAGCCACGCGUCCGGAGUUUGCUGGGCAUUAAAACACACCGCCCUUGCUCCACGCCCUCUGGACUUUAAAAUAUGUUUAGGAGACUUGCUGCUAUCGAACAUUGUUUUUUAUGGGAGCUCAGAUGAGCACGCCCUCUUCAGGCACUGAGGCAACAGUGAUAUGACAUUUGGAUUCGCAGACUGUUGGCUAACUUCGUCCAUCGGAAUAGCAUCCCGUGGGAAGUCAAAAGCCAUGGAUGGCCAAUCUGACACGGUAACGCCCUUAUGCGGCUACUUUGGAAUAUACAGAAUAACUGUGCACGGCUUUGGAUGUCUCCUCCUCUCUCGACGUGCAAUAUCGUAUGACUUUGAUCGUUUCCCGUCUGACUUCUUCAUGCUAGAAUGCCUGAAAUGUCUACUGUAAUUUGCCGUUUGGUGGGCGCGGUUUCAUAACCCAAGCAAAAACCAAAAUGGGUCAAAGAGGACAGUCCGCCGGUCGGUUCUCCCUCUCUGGUACUUGUUGAAAGGUUUUAAGGUCGGGAAACAGACAUCAGCUUGUAGUCACCCUACUAAGACCCUAUACGAGGACACCUGCCGGCAUGCCCCCAUAACUGUGUAGUGGUCACGAGAGGUCACCGCAGAGGCAGCACCUGUGAACCACAUAGGAUAAAAGUACAGUUCAAGUAUCUACCAAGGACGCGAAAAAAAGCAUGAAAAUUUGGAAAUACUUUUGGGGGGAGCUGAAAUGAAUCUGUGGGGUUGGCAGCUGAGACCUCGCGAGAAGAUUGGGUUUUGGGACAGGCGACUGUUUUAAUUAUUUACUCGGAAGUCUCAAGAUGAGAGAAGGCCUGGUAAAUUUGCUUCAUUGCCAAGUACUAGACGACACUUGGGUACCCACAGUCUGUGGCAGUUGCACUGACUACGGUUUGAAAUAUAUAGGCGAGAGUACUGUCCAACUGAGUGUCAUUACAAAUGCCACGUGGGAAGUUUCGCCUGCAUGUAGGAGGCAGCUACUAGCGUUGCUCACGAUAACCCACACAGGUUUACUGUCAGACCUCCCCAAAUGCAUGCGUCCAGGAUAGGGUGACGUGACUGCCCCCAAGCGACAUGGUCCUGCGUCAGCCGCCCGCGAUGAUGUCUCAUGAUGAUAAUAAUUGUGGGCACUUCUGUGACUCACCAGGCAGUAUAAACGGGUGACUGCCACUGACCAUGCCUACUUCCCACCCCCUAUUUUUUCCCUUGUCUGAUUCGUCCUUAAGCAGCGUCAUACAGCUACCACGGCACGUGUGCCUUGAACCACGUGCGUUGACCAUCGCAAUUACUGGACCGUUCAUAAAUAACACCUUUGUCUUUUAGGAAUUUCUACUUGGAUGUGCAAUGGACUUGUCGUGCUAUAGAUUCCAUUAUUCAUAAGUUAAAUCUAAGCUCAUUAAUUGCUCGGUAAAGCCUAAAUUAAUAUUCGAGAAAAGUGGAGUGCUAGUGUGUCAAACAACUCAUCGACGUAAACUUUUUGUGCGGCGGACAGCAAUUUUUUCGCCUGUGAAUGUUGACCUGACGUCUCGAGGAAAUACACAACCCGCGUUAUAAAGUGAUCAACAAAUGUGGCAUUAGGGAAAGGAAACUGUCACUUCUGAAGUAUUUACCGACUGCAUCUUAACAACAGAUCAAAAUAGACUGGUUUUGAUUGUGGAACAGUUGUCAGGAGGCGGUCAAAAGCCCGACGGCUCACGGCAGGAACAAAAGGCACGUCUUCACGAAGAAGUAAACACGGUCGCCAGAACAAGAGCUCCAUUAGCCUGCCGUUUCGGAUUCUUACUCGAAUCCAUCAUCACAGACAGAGUCAGAUAGGAGUGGUAAAUUGCCCAGGUGUUGCAGUAUUUAUAGGAUGUAGUUGCUAGGCCGCUACAUGCCUAUCGCAGUUGGCAGCUCCCGAGUGCAUCACAGCCUGACUGCCCAGGUGCUGAAGUAUACCGUUGCCAUGCAGUUGCUAUGCUUCCGCAUACCGGUCAAGAUUAUCGGCUCCCAUGUUCAUUGCACGCAGUAGAGUUGCUGACAUCCAUGUCUCCUCUUCUCGCUCGAGGCCAUUCUCGGAGACAGCCUUCCUUAUUUUUAGCUGUCUGUGGGGAUGGAUGAGAAAAGUCAGAUAAACAAAAUUCCUGUUUCAGCGAUCCUGUUUCGUCCUCGUCGACUUGACCUGGACUGCUCACUGGUACAUGAAAGAGAGAAUAGGGAGAGUGAGGUCGAUCCAACGCCUAGUUUCCUUCUUACCAUGUACCAAACACACUUUUCAACGAUCAUGAAAAGGAACAAUGGAGAUUUAGAAUGUUGCCUACGCGGGACUGUUGUCCAGGUUACCAUGUGUGCCUCUCACUGUUGUUGCUGUUGUUGUGGCAUUCUCAUUAGUGUGAGGUCCUGGCAUCGUGCCUCAAAUUAAUGAGAGUGUGCCCGAUCGCACCUCUGGUCUUCUUGACCCCAUCUUGACAUCAGGCUCAGGUGGGCGAGAGGAGGGGUGGGUGCGGUAGAUGCAGCGAAAGUCUACCAUCACUAUUAACUAAUUCACCUGCAUGCCCACAUUUUACUGUGGUGCACACGGUGGACAUCGUUGGUAAAGACGGUUAAACUGUCGAUGUGGGACCCGGUGUUCCAGUGAUCCUCAACCGCCUUCCUGCUUGUACUGGCAACCGGCAUAUCUGUACGACUAGAACUGGUCACCCCUCUCUCUCUCUCAUUAUCUCUCCACGUAAUCCACCUAGAUUUGAAAAUGUAAGCUUGGGAAUUCUUUUUAUUCAUGCUGACCAAACUGUGAAAAACUCGGCGCCUCGGGGGAUGCGAAACCACGCAGUAAGGGGAAGGCUUUAGUACAGCCAACGCUCUAACCACUUGAGCUACGAGGCCCCGCCGGACGACGCGAGUUUAAUCACAUUUGUGUCACGUUACCGGCCCAACCUACUGCGACGUCUGGAAUCUACCAAAUCUGAUACAGUAAGUUGACUGCCCAAGCAGGGCUUCCUAGGUAAUUCACCUAGAAUCCACCAGAUGACUACUAGGCUCACGUUAUUCUGCCAGAAUAUCUAUGAAUUACGUGAGCCGUUUGUAGUACGGUCUCUCCGCCUCAUAAUACAAGGAAGCCCUCUAGAGUGCAGUUUUCCCCCUCAGAAGAUGGAUGAGGUUAGUCCACUUUUCCGGGUAAUUGCCCAUACGAUGUAUCAAGAAAGGAAGGCGAGAGAGAAUAGAUCCACGUCAUGCUUUCUACUUAUCCAAUAAUAAACUAAUUGAUGGAAUUUUAUUUGGCCGUUUUGUAAGUCGACGAGUAGUUCAACCUCCAAAUGCAAUAAAAUACGUAAGCUGCUUCAGCCUUCUUUGUUGGAAUGCCGACCCCACUAUCAUAUGCAUAGUGAGUGAGUAACCAAUUUUUCGUCGGAGUCGUAAGGAGUAGCUUUAGGUCUUGGAAAACCUACAGUUCCACGUAACUGGGUCAAUUUUCUGAACUUGGACGAAUGUGCAAAGGCAAAUACCUCUCUUCUCCAUAGGACUGUUCAACUAGGUGUGCGGAAAACUAAGAGCCUGCAGAGCAUGAGAUUCCAGGGUGCUGAGCCACUUGCAAGGGAGCGCAGAGAUCUUUAAAAAUACAGUGCAUCAAGGCCGGAAACAACUUGUAAGUUGUUAGACUUUGCGCCGAGUCCGUAAGUGUACUAGAGAAAAUAUCCACUUGAGCAGGUUAUGGAAAGAGGGAACAACCGGAUGUCUGAAGCGCAUUUCCGAUGUCAAUUUGAAUUUCUUGCCAUAUCAUCCGAAUAGAAACUUCAUUCAGCCUAAAGUGAGUUUGCUACGGGGAUUUAAAAUGAUAGCAAUUUCGGGGUUGACAGCUGCGGCCCUUAUAGCUCCUAGAUAUAGCCUCAGCCCCAAAUUUGCAUAGUCGGAUGUUCGGCCUGACUUGCAGCAAACGCCUUCCUAUUGUGUGUGUGUGUGUUAUAUAUGUUCUAUACAACCUCUAAGAACUAGUUCUUUUAAAUAAGGAUGUUUGGCCGAUAGCAGUAAGACUGACUGCAUGGGCUACAACUGUCUUUGGCCAUCGCCAGCCAGCUAAACCCCAGUCCCAGGAUGCAGGAUCCUGUUUUAACUAAGAAUGUUGUAAAUAAUGCCCUUUUUGACGUCAUAUUGACGUGGAAUUUCAGCGGGAAUGACGGCCCUGUGCAGGGACUUUUGGAAUGAUGUUACGCAUGGGGUGUGCAGAACUAAAAACGCUGGUAGUAAUUUUUAGUCUUUGUGACUAUCCAGAUACGUACCCAUAAGAAUGGGCCGAAUUCACAACUCAGUGACAAAUCAUAUCGCUGGAACUCCCUCUCUAUUACACUACGCUCAGGAUUAUUAACCUUGAAAUCCUUCAUAGGUAUACUUACUCCUUUCAGCGAAAGUGAGGUCCUUCAAUCAACGGUCAAUGAUGGCUUUUCUGCUGGUUGAAGGCCCCGCCUUGGGUGCGUGAUGGUCCGAAACAACAUUUAGGGGAAUUUAAUUGGACGUUGACGAGUGACCGUGAUAUAAAAAUUUGGACAGCGUACAGCUGCAUCGUGUUACUAGCAGGUUAUCAUAAUUUAAUCUUGAAAAGCAGCCACUCUGAUAGGUAUUUUUCUUUGGAUUCACAACCGUACGAUUCUCUGCAUUAAUAAAUUAUUUACUCAGUGUUUGAAUUUCAAAUCAUUAUUCUUCUUCUGGUCUGGUAGAGCUCAGAGAACGGCUUCCUAAUCUUUGCAAAGGUUUAAAGUUCUCGCUUGUGAAUAGAUCGGUAAGAUGUCUCAAAAAACCCCUAGUAAGAUGCCACAAGCUGAAGGAAUGGGUUGAAUCUGUCAAAACCACAGGGCCUUCCAAUUCUGAUGCAUUUUCAAUGAUUUCGUUUUUAUAAGGCGAUUUGAUGUUGCUGUGUCAAAGGAGUUUACAGUUGCUCACAGUGGUGUCGGCCUCUUUGGGCUCAAAAAUGUUUGUAGCACGGCUUGCGUUGAUAGAAUGUCAACUGGAGACACUCAGAAUCUGCAUUAUGACUUUGCACAUCUGCCAAAAACUAAACAUAUAUGUUUUCACGGCGAUUCCUUCUGAGCACACGGCGACGGAAUGAUCACUGCCCGCUCCAGUCCUAAUCACCGAACAAUACUGAUUUUCCCUGAAAUUUCACUCCACUGUGGGCAAUCGUUCCUGCCUGUGGGAUUCUCAUGAACUGUUUCGCAGUUGCCGACCAUCGCUCCGCGUGUGUAGUUCCGCUAUUUCACGCAGCCAGGGAAUUCGUGUCACUUGUCCCCCAGUGGUGAGGUUAACACUUGUUGAUGUGAAAAAAUAGGGAUCGAAGCUAGCCCAGUGGAGACGAAGGAGUGAGAAAAAGAAUGUGAUGGCCAUUUGUAGCUUGUGAUCUUCCCUGCAACCUUAUUUGUCGACGCCCGACAAAAAAGGUAACAAAAGCCUGUAAACGCGCACUGUGUGCAACUGGAAAGUCCCAAAGUUAUGAAAAGCACACUCCAUUUGGGCUGUAGCAUGUGGUAGCCUAUGGAGAGGUUAGACUUACCGAGGCUGACUGGUAACGGAGUGUUUCCUGUUUUACUCUGUGCGGUGUGUGAUAUGUUCCACUGGCCGCAACUUCGGCAUAACACUCAGAUGCAUUUUUUAAGUUGUGGUAGUGCCGAAACAUGUAGAACCUAGUCUAACGCUAAUGCAUGCACCAUCGCAUUCUGACGUUUCUUUGGAGACUCCAUCGGUUAUUUCUGACUGCAAUAAUUAAACGCAUAACCACACAAACCAAUACGUUUUAACAGCGCUAGUACUUGCCUGUAUAACGCCACAAGCUUCUUCUAUAAAAACUAACAGGAAAAUCGUCUAACAUUUGGAAGUAAGGAAUAUCUUGUUAGUUAAAUAUCCACAGUUCACAUCUUUCUGGCACAGAACUUGGCAUUUAGCCACAGCUUGCUUAGCAGAAGAUUUUCAACACUAAAAAUAAAUGCGUCCGCAAUAAGUGGCAUUUUUCCCCAUAAAUUUGGGACCACAAACACUAAUCUACAGGUGAAUUCAGGUAAAGAUUUGGAUGUUUUUAAUGUCCGUAUUCAGGGCCAAAUAUAAAGCCCUCUACGUGUUAAGAUGAUGUCGUUCUUCAAAAAAUUGUCAUAAAUAAUUUUUGGCAAAGUAAUCUACUUAUCUGCAUACCGAAAGUCAUUACAUUUUAGAAAAAUAUUCAAAUGACAAUUUUUUGGAGAACGAGCACGACACAGGUGCAUGGGAAGACUUUAAUCGAAAUUCAGCACUGCAUACGCAUGCGAAUUGCUCCGCGAUUAUUCCCCAUACUUGUCUAUGUUCUUGUCACAACAGUAUCUUAUCCAAUGAAGUUGCAGACCAAAUUUUAGAGAAGGAAAGUUGGGGUGCACUAAUACGAAGGCCCAGCUUUGUACACAAACUUGUGAUGUCGACUCCGCAAAGUACGUCCAGGUCGUGACCGAGGAAUUUUCGAUCAGGCCUUGAAUAAACUAUUUGGUCGGAUGUGGUUUGGCAGCCCUACCUGAAAUAAACAAACCCCAGUCACCUCUAAUACGGGACCGGUGGUAAUAGGGGGUCUUUACAGGUGGAGCCGGGAAACGCACAGAUGACGAGGUCAAGUAGUUAUAUGCAAAAGAAAAGCUGCUGGGAGUACGUGGUUGUACUUUCAGUGGUUGAGAAAUAGUUGCGCUAACCCCUAACCCUAACCACAAACCUUAACUACAGCCCCUUAUGCUAAACCCCAACCGCUGACCCUAACCAAAACGCCUAACCCCUCACCCUAACUCCAACAGUCUUGUGUCCAUCAGGUGGGGCUACCAAACUGCAUCUUACCAACUAUUUUCCUGCUCAUAUGCCGUCAAAAGCAACCGUGGAAUGAUGUUGUUCUAGCCUCUACCCACUCAGUCAUUUUCGUUAAAUACCUGUGGGGAUGAGGUAUCUCAGGUAAUGUUAGUUAAAAUCCAGAACUGUGUUUUCGAUUGGAAGGUAUUAUUCAGGUGGGCUUGUUUUAUCGGUCAUCAUGCAGCAUAAUUCAGUCGUGCCACGAAUAUGCGUUUUUCCGAAUUUUGACAUCCUUUAACCUAACGGUACUAUUGAGUGUGCCGUUACUUAACAGUUGACGCUGUUCCUCCCCACUGUCGGCAAGUGCUUGACCCCCGCAUCUGGAGUAAUCUUCCCGUUCCUCUGUGUAUUUCUUUCGUCCACAACCAUAUCAGAUCCGGCAAACAACGCCUUAUGUCUCCUGCGAGUCUUUCGCUCUCACUACUUAGCACCACAUGACUGCCUUCGGUCUGUAUGCAAUUUCAACUUUAAGUGACGCGAGAAGACGGCCGACGGCUUCUGAAACGUUGUUGAUGUACGGGAGCACUCUCCAGUAUUUCGGGUCGCCGCCGUAUGGUUUCUCGUCUUGUUUGUGCGUGCUCUGGUUGGAGAUGUUGCGCGCACAGUAUUUGGUCUGAGAACACGUCGAGGACAUCGUAAUUCGAAAGCAUUGUCCUCCGAUUUACUGCAUUACGCUUCAACGCGGCGAUAGAGUGCAAUUAUGCAAUUAUGCUUGCGACUGAUAGGGUGAUUUCGGUUGAAGCCUGGUUCAGAUGUCUAGCCAAUGUCCGUUUCUCGCUAGAGCAGACGACUGGAGUCAAACCAACUGUGCUUUUUUGCCUUUUUGUAACCCACGUACUAAAUGCAUAAAAUUAAAAUCUACACCAUCAGAUGAUAAAACUGCUAGAAAGUUUGUCUACUGGAUAUUUUUGAACCAACAAAGGAGACAGUUUACUAGGCCGUCUACAUGCGUACCCAGACAGCCUUUGGUCAAACGGAACAGUGUGUUGAAUAAUUGUGGUAGCGUGCAUUGCGAGACUGAAAAAACCGGGUUGUGUUGGUGAAUUUUCGAAUCGGUAACUUCAACCCGUCGUCAGACGAGAUAAAAAGUCAUUCCGUAAUCAGUAUUUGAUCCCAGUGCAUAAACAUACGCGUCAUAAGGCGGGGGGUAUUUCAAUUUCAGUUCGCCAGCUGACCGAAAUUCUAGAUUUGUGGGGCUCUGAGUUCGUCUUCGCUUUGCGACCGAUGUUUCCUGUCGCCCACUUGCUCAAGUUGCGUUGGUUCAGCGUAGUCACCGCAAUACUUGCGUGACUUCCAAAUAAAUGUCGUUUGUUGGGUUUGGCUACCGAUUCUUGACCCAAAAGUACUACUGUGAAGACUCUCCUCUAUGUGGAUUCGGUUAAUUUAAAUUAAAUGUAAUUUUUUGCCCUCGUCGCCAGCAGGGUGGUCCUCUUCCGGCGCCCACAUCUUGCGAACACAUGUAAACAGAAUGGCCCUUCAACUGGUGAAAUAGGCCCGAUGUUUUGCCAGGCUAUUCGCAUCAUGUGAAGGCACUGCUCUGUAAGAGGAAUCUUUGCAUAUUCUGAGAAUAUUCGCACUUCACAGCGGUUUUUUGCCAAUCUAAUACAUUCCUUGGCUUUCAUGUUAGUAUUGUUGCUGCGCUAUUGCCAAAUUACGCGGCAGCACCUCUCCGACAGUGUGUUGGUUUUUAUUGCUCGCAGAACCAUAUUCAUUUUUUAAGAUCGACGUUGUUGUUUGUCUUCUUUUUCCAUGAUUUCAGUGAGACCACCCGGAAUCCAUGCUUUAGUGUAGAAACGCUUGGAGAAUCGCGUAAAAUUCGCUCAACCCCCCUCGGCUUCAUAAGGGGCUUCCGCCUUCAUGAAUGGUUAAAAAAUAGAAGGUGCGACCUUGGGGGAAUAGAAAAGCGUUUUUUUUGUGUUGGGAAUCUGGUUUUCACGAUAUAUAUUCCACGUAACUGGCCAGGGGUAACUUCAGGAAUUUCUACGCCUCGAUGUUACAGAGUUUUGAUCAUGGUCGUUUCUUUGUCGGGUUCCGCUGUGGAAGAAGCUCCGCUGAUCCAUCAUUUAGACCUAGUCUGUAUAGUAUCUGUGCGCAUGUCUGUUUCCGGUCAAGGAUGAUCGGCUGAGUAAUUAUGGCAUGAUUAAGUUCCUCAGUCCUCCCGCCCGUGCUGGUCCACUCUGUUCUUUUAUGUUCAGUCACUUUGUGGCCCCGCGUGUGGCGUACCUCCCACCAGAUGCAGCUCCGAUUGACUUCUGGAAGACGAGUAGGUCUCUGUGCACGACUCCAGAGAGAACAGCCCUCUUUCAUCGGCACCAAAAGUCGAGGAGAGUACAAACACUAUCUAAGUAGAGAGUACAAUUCCUCCUCGCCCUCGUCCUCCUCGUCCUCGUCCUCGUCCUCCGCCUCCUCGUCCUCCUCCUCCUCCUCCUCCUCCUCCUCGUCCUCCUUCUACUCCUCUUCUCCCUCUAUUCACUUAUCAUGCGCUGGUGUGCGUUGUCAGUUCCAAGACUGCCGUGUAAUGUCCAUCGAGCGUCGUAGCUGACAGACCGGCGCUCUGAGUGCGAUAGGAUGUGCAUAGGCGUACCAUGCGUAUGUGUUUCUGACCAGCCACGCACAGGCAAGCUAGUUAGGUGCAAGUAGGGCGUGCGCGUGCUUCCACACAUCUGCAUUGACACUGCAAGAUGAUCGAUGGCUUGCCCUGUGACUGUCUGAUCGGGUCUAGUCCCACUCUGUCCCCGCAAGGUCAUCUACUGGCCUCCGUGCCGAAUCAGAGGAGGGAAGGAGGAGGGGAAUUCGCAGAAGGCCAAACUAGUGCUGUUGGCGUCCAAAAGCACGCACACGGGGCUGAUCGAACUGGCACUGGUUGAAUGAUCUCCGACGUUGGCUUGUGACCGCGGGGUCGCGGAUACCCUGAUGAUGAUCGCACUUUGAACAUCUACCAUUUGGGCUGUAUAUAGACUUCCUAUUGGGUUUAGCUUUCUGGAAAAUGACCACUAUCUGCGGCACCUUGAUAGCGUUCUCUACAGUGAUAAGGAUGUGCCUGUACGACGGCUUCUGCACUAAUUUACUGAUUUGACAGGAUGCUCGCUAAGGGCGGCUGCAUGAUCUUUGGGCAUGCUCUGUGACCUGCUCUUGUUCGAUGACAGCAUUCUCUCUUCUGGCGUCUUUUAGUAAACUUCAGUAUGCACACGAAAGACCAUCUGAUUGUUUCUUCUGCAGUUUUAUUUUGACGAGUUUAAUCUGCUAACACCCAUUCGGGUAAUGUCAGCUAAAUUGGCGCAAAUAACGAUUGAUAAGAUGCGCUCCGAUUUCCUUAAUCAAAGGACCUCUUGAGGCCAAAAGUAAGGGCUCUGACUAAGGGCUGGUUAAAACGUCUGCAAGACUUCUAACCAAUUUUUGCGGAAGAAAAUUAGUGAACCGAUUUUUAGAAAGGCAUAGGGAAAAAUAAAUUUAGGACUCAGCUCGAAAUGCAUGUGUAAGUGUUUAAAUUGAUGAUUACCAAGGCCAACCAAAUAUCCGUCUGCCGUCAAAGCUAGCAAAGAGUAAUUGCUUAUCUAGACUGAAAAGUACGUCAUCCUCUUUCCAACUAGGAAAAAGUCCAACUGUGUGCUACAUGAACUUCCUUCAACUACCUGAAGCAAGUGCGGGGUCUUUAACAUGUCAGCGGAUGUUGGUAUUUGCCAGAUAGGCGUUGGCAACAUCGUAACCUGGCCAUAAAUUACUAAACUACCAUCGGGUGAAGUCUUUGGCAGGAGACUUCUUUGGGUUAUAUUGCCUGUGUGGCCAAUCUCAGAACACCAUGCGUCAACUGAAAGCGCUUGUGCAUACUUGACAGCACGGCCUCAGAACUGUUGUCAGGUACAAGAUAAGUGGACAUUUGGCUUCAACUUUUGAGAACCACGCACAGCUGACCAUCCGCUGACCGGUUGUCAUAAAAGCCAGUGAAGAACCCGUUGGUGGACUUCUCUGGUUGGUGGCAAAGGUGUGCAGAUGUACACGCAGGCAGCGUCUGCUACUUGCAGGGGGGUAGGCGACGUCGUGGUGGAAAUCUGGGGAAUGACUGCUUCAAAGAGGAUGCGAUGAUAUAGGCCCGAGAAGCAAGCGUUACCGUGGCUAUGGCGAAAUCUGAGUCACCUGUAACUCCAUACCUUGACAGAAACGCUAUUCUGAAGCUGCCUGUUUUGCCCACCCUUUUGGUUGUACGUAACAGUAAACAAUGUAGCGAAUGGAGGCAAUUCCUUCCACCAAUAUCCGUGUAAAUACGCCUCCGAUUUUUAACCUACAACAUUCGACAAUUUAACUGAUCGUGCUCAUAUUUGAGUGAAGAAUUUCCAGGAAAGGAAGGACCAAGGUUUCGGUCAAGAGGUACUGAUCGUCUGGCUGUAAAGAGUUGGAGGUCUGUUCGCCAGCUCUACCGCCUAAUUCAAAGCCUGUUUUUUAGGCAUGCCAAACACCUGCAUGCAUCGGACCCGACGCGGGCCAUAUUAUGCCUGCAAAAGGUCUGGGACGCAGCGAUUGGCUGGGUUGCGUGCGUGGGCGUGCCGCGCCGAUCCUAACAGAUUUAUCUUGACUUGUCCCGGACCACGUCUCGCCACGUUGUCAUGCAGUGACUUUCUUCUCUUUGUUAAACGAAGAGCGCAAUUUUUCGUUGCCUCAUUUAUUUCAGUACCCUGCGGAAAUUUUCUGACCUAGUGGAUCAUAUUAUAAGCGUUUUUCUUCUUAUUUAAGGAGAGAUAUUUUUCAAGUGCUGCUCGGGAAUGUAAUCGGACGUACAGUGGCUUUUAGCUAGCAGACACUGACCGUGAAGAGGUGAAGUGAUUUCCAAGUGCUUAAUGGUAGUCUUCAUUUUACACAAAACCUACUUAAUAUUUAAUAAGCAAAUGCAGAAAAAACGGCGUUUUCGUCAAAACAUGCAAUUUGCUAGAGAGGGUAGUUAGGCGGAAAAAACGAUCUCGAGGGAGGGGACUGGAAACGAUAGGAGGCAAGACGGCGGCAUGGUGAUGAGUUAGACUGGAGAGCGUUAGCGAAGUCGAAUGUGUAGAAGACUGCGUGCUGGAAAAGAUAGGGGAGACUGGGAUGUUGAGUUCGAUGAGCUGCCGGGCUAGCGUCGAGGUAUUGCAGUCUAGGCUUUGUGUGCUUCCCAUGCAAGAAGAAUCACACAGUCCUACAUUCCGUUAAAAAAAUAAAAUAUAGCGCUCAAGCAUUUUACAACAGACUAUUUUGUGUAUUUCACAAGGAACACUAAUAAAAAUAUUUCAAAUUAUGAAACUUUAAUAAACCUUGAAAAGCCCAUUCAACUGGCAUUACAGUAGGUGGGCUAAAUCAUGAAAUGUCAACCGAAAUUCUGAAAUGCGUUUUCGUUUCGAAAGGGUCAAUUAAGUAGCGUUGUAAUACACACCAUCAUCAUGCAGCGUCAUUUUAUAAUAAUUUGGUUACCUCAGAAUACCUCAGGAUCGAAAUAACUUCUUUCUCGCCGCAUGCAAAAAGUACACUCUAUAAAAAAUGACGAUUAAAUUGGCAUGCAUUUUCGAUGCCCUAAAAAAUUCAAUUAUAUUUUGUAGAAAGCAUGUAUAAAAAUAUUCAUUUUUCCGGUUAUUCGGUAGGGAAUUACAUCUUUCAACGGCAUACUUGAACGAAGGACAUCGUUCAUUUUUCAAAACGUUUCCGAUUCCAGAAUAAUUUUGAACCCACUAUACCGUUACACUUGCAUUCAGGGUUUGCGAACUACAGGCCGCGUAUUUUCUGCGUACGGAAAACCAUACAUUUAGUUACGAUAUUAAGAGGAGACUAUAUGGGGUUCAUAAAAUUUAGCAGUGGAUUUGGGCCAUAUUGCUAACUUUGCAAGCCACAUUCGUAAAGGCAGAGACAUGAGGGUUUAUGCGCGGCCAUUUCAUGGCAUUAGAAAAUCUCACAAUCAGAAACUUUCUUAAAACAAAUGUAUACACUUUUUUUCGAGUAUUGAAUUGGGAAAAGACGUUAUUUUCUACCGAAUGAACAAAAGAAAGAAUAUUUUUAUGCAUGUUUUCUAUGAAAUAUAACUGAGCUUUUAAGGGCAUCGAAAAUAAAUGAGAAAAUUGCAUGCUUAUUAAGUAGUCAUUUUUGACAUAGUGUGGUUGUUGCAUGAAGCCGGGAAGAAGUCAUUUCGAUAGGAGGCAUCCUGGGAUAGCAAAAUUAUUAUAGAAUGACGCUGCACGAUGAUGUGUUUUACAAUCCUACCUAAUUAUUCUUUUCAAAACGAAAACGCAUUUCGGAAUUUUGGUUGACAUUUAAUGAUUUAGCUCACCUACUGUAAUGCCAGUUGAGUGGACUUUUCAAGGUUUUGAAAGUUUCAUAAUUUGAAGCAUUUUUUAAAGAAAAAAUGUCCAUCCUUCGACUAUAAAAUCUACACUAAAUGAGUGCAAAAAAGCAUAUUUUGACAGUGGUUUCAAUUAAAUAAAUUUGAAUUUUUAUUAGCGUCGCAAAUUAAUUGGAGAAAAUUAUACUCCUUAUGUAGUCAUAUUUACCGCGUGGGGUUUUUGCAAGCAACCGAACAGAAGUGCAUUCGGAAACCGGUAUCGUGGUGUGAGGUCAUUCCGCACGAUAACAAAUACCAUAAGUUCACGCAUGUAACCCUCCCUAAGCAAAAAAACGUUUUAGAAUUUUGGUUGCCAUUUCAUGAGAUCGACUACUGACUGUAGAUCAUCUGGCUGUAACUGAUGGGCUAGUCCUGCUCCCACUGAUGGACAUAUGAGCGUGAAAUAUUUUUCCCCCAACCAUUUACUGGGUUGCUUUCGCAUUUCGUAAUUGACCAGCACCAAACUGCUUCGCAGCAUUGGAACACUCUCUUGGGCGAACUCCUAUUGGAAGCGUCUGCCUUACGUGCUUGAACCCACCAUGAUAAAUUGCCGAAAACGGUCGUUUACAGCUGUAGACUGUGUGAGCGGUCAGGGACCACAAACCGGCUCCGGCGGAAACGAAAAUUUAGGCAACGAAAACGAUUUAAGUCAUCCUGACGAAGGGUGACGUAGUCAGAAGACAGGGUUCAUCAAAUCGGUUAUGGACGGAUGGUAUUUCUCAGGAUGUGGACCUGUGGUCAUUUGUACACGAACAUGACAGUAAUGAAGAUAAAAGUGUAGUUCAAACCACAGGGAUCCCUCGAUUAGUUUUCGAAUGUCCACGACCAUGGAUUUGAAUUAAGUCUUAUUAUUUAAUAUUGGAGCUUGCUGUCUAAUCGCAUAUAAAAGAAUUCGACAACCCUAACGAUACUCAGUCAUUAGGUCUCUGCUGUAAUAGCAUGCGGUUAGUCAUACCAAACCGGCAGCACUCUGUCGGAUUUAGUGAGCAGACAACUUUAACUGAUAAAUAGAAGUUCUAGAAUAGUUUAAUGCGGUAGUCAAGUCUAUGUUUCAUCGUGAGCAGCCAGCACAUGGACGUUCACUAAAAAACAGAGUAUUUGCUUUUGUCUUUGAUGAUGAGUUCAAGAAGGAAUCCGAAACGUCAGGCGAAUAAAGCUCUUGUCCCAGCGAUCGUGUCUUCCUCAAGAGUAAAAACUCAAAGCAAAUUGUAACUGACAUUUUGGGUAUAAAGUGCGACAGAUAAACCUUUUGACUUGGAUGCAUGUUAGUAAUUUGGACACUGUUUGUUGUGUCAUGCAAUAAUUAUUGGUUAUUUUUUUCUUUUUAUAGCACCCGAGAUUGUCACGUUUGAUCCGAUCACAUUUGCCACGGACAUGUGGGCGAUUGGAGUAAUGACGUAUAUCUUGUAAGUAACCAUCGCCCCGACAAAAUGAGUUUAUACCUGGUUACUUCAUGCUUUGUACUUUCUUCAUUGAAAAUAUCCCUAAGUAUAUUACGAGCCUAUGCAAAAAAUCACCUUUUUCGCAUUUAAAAUAUUUCCUAUGUUUGCAAUUCAGGAAGCUUAUAAAUGCUCGCAGUUUCUCCGUCACAUCUGACUAUGAUCAUCUUUAGUACGUUGUUGUUGACUGUGCUUUUGUGAUGAGUGGUGGCGUACUUGAUGUUGUGCGGUGAGUGCAUGGUAGCCGACCCGAAUGCUAAAUUUGUUUCGGCGGUACGAUCAUGGGUCGCGCAAUUCCUCCGCGGCUUGUUCGGGCUGCUGUUUUAAUGGAGUCUAGCAGGCUAAUUUCUGGCCAAUUGCGUUAACCUCGAAGUCAUAUAAGAAGAAUUGUCUAUACUUUCGAACCCCAGUCCUCGCCCAUUAUCUGGCAUUCUAUAUUCUUCUGACUACGACGGUUAUUGUACUUGAUCUGACGUAAAGUGGCCACCACAUCUACCAAUUAUCCAUGAGGUCUUUGGGGAUUCGGAGACAUUUCACGGAGCCGUCCAGUUGUCACCCAGUACAUCCUCUAUGGGGCAGUUUGUUUGAGAAGCAUUAAACUGACGUCUCUUCUGUGUGAUCGUGCCAGGGAAGCCGAAUCUGCUUCAGUAUGGCAAAAACGCCUUGCGUGCGGGUCCAUCCGCAGGUUUGGGUGUAGGUAAGUCACUCUUUCUGCAUCACUUCCAGGAUUCCCUGAGAAAAGUCGACGGAAACAUAAGACCUGCAGCUUUUUAAUUUCCCCAAAAAGUAAUCGCUAACUUGGAGUAAAUCGGUCUAUUUGAGAUUUGUAGUCUCAUAGUGAUAUUUUAUAUGUAUAUUUGGACCUGAACAUACCAGCCACAGCGGAAUAACUGUGCAGUAUUCAGGAAAUGCCAACAGGUGGCCAGUAGGUUAUACGAUAUGCCAUGCUUGGCAGCGCAGAUACUAGGUAAAAGCCCAGACACGUGUUUCGCUGAUAUUCUGCCGUUGCAUGGCGCAUCUUCGAUAUGUUCGACUCAUCAGUGGGUUACCUAUGCGCUUUCUUGAAUGAUCGCCACCCAAUCAGCCACAAAAACAGUUCUGUAAGGAGACUAUAUCGGCGUGUUGAGACCAAUUCCUGUAAACCGAAAGACAAGGUUGUCGAAUUUCAAUACUUUCAACGAAUGUUCGGAGAAAAUGACUUCUCGCGUAACUUCGUCAGUCGGUGCAUGUGCAAACGAGACCAGUGGCAAAGUCGCACUGACCCCAAGUCUUGACGAGGGAUUCCGUACGUCAAGGAUGUCUGGAAAGCUGUCAGUCUCCUUCUCGCACCGCUUGGAGGUGGAGUCGCACACAAAUCGGUGGCAACCAUCAGGUGUUCAAUAAUGAAACCAAAAGACCCACUGCCGCGAUAAGAAACGUCUGGUCCAGAUGCGGGCAAAGCGACUACGUUGCAAAGCUGCUCUGGAUGCGAAUCGCCAAACGGGCGGCAGUAGUCUAGAGAAAUGACGCUAACUCUCAACUUGCGGCUCAUUCGACGAGACCUGGCCGAAGUUCUCGCGAGCUAUUUGGGUCAUGGUUUACGAGAUCCCAGUCUAUUAACAGGUGCAGUGACCUCAUCACCCCAUAUUCGAUGCUGAAAGUGAGUUUAGCCAAAGUAAUUAGCCACUCGGGGAGUGCUCAAGCCGAGCAAUCAUCUCGCCAACAUCUAACGCGGGUAAUGAGGUUUGGCAACUCACAACAAAAGUGCCGGCCAUCAAGCAAUUAGAGUGUCAGAGUGCAACUGUUCUCGAUAAAGGGAGACUCGUCCAUUAUCACAGAGAUGCAGUAACACAGCGACUACAUCCUAUGAAUACUGCGACUUACUGUGUAUGAAUUACUCGUAUUUGAUCCGUCUCUAUUGACGGAUUCGAGCCUGAAUCCGAAACGUCAGGCGAAUUAAGCUCUUAUCCAGCAAUCGCAUCUACUUCUUCCCAAUUAUGCGACUUCUAAAAUAAACUUCGGUCGGUACCACGCAUUUUACAAACAUUCAGUAGUGUGUUUAACACUUCGGUUCCAUUGUCUCCCGCAGAGUGAUUUUACGAGUUUUGUAGGGAUUUCACAAUAAUGACUAGAGUAUACCAACGUCUAACUGGGUUUGGAGACACUAGUGCUCACUGCAUCGCGAAUUACAAUGUAUAUUGAGAUUGUUGCAGUUGGAAGAUGCGCAUUAGUGUUGAUACAGAAGGGCUGGCCUCACUCUCUCGCCCUCUCCGCUCUGGUAACGACCAGUCCUCAGUUUUUGCAUCAGGCACAAAUUUCAGCUUAGUCCUCUACAGUAGAUGUGCUAACUCAUGAAAUGUCAACCAAAAUUUCGAAAUGCGUUCUCGUUUCGAAAAGAUAAAUUAAGUAGUGUUGUAAAACUAAUCAGAAUGCAGCAUAAAUCUAUAAUGAUCCAGUUACCUCAGGGUGUCGGCUUUCGAAAGAACUUAUUUUCGGCUGCAUGCAAGAUCUAUACUCUGCAAAAAAUGACUACGUACUUAGUAUGCCAUUUUCUCAUUGAUUUUCGAUGCCCUUGAAAAUUCAAUUGUAUUUCAUGGAAAACAUGCAUAAAAAUAUUCAUUCUUUUACUUAUUCGGUAGAAAAUCACGUCUUCUUCCAAUUUCAUACUCAAAAGAAAAAUAUAAUUCGGUUUUAAAAAAGUUUCUAAUUGUGAGAUUUUUAAUACCGUUAAAUGGGCGUUCAUGAAACGUCAUGUAUCUGCAUUUACGAAUGUGGCAGACAAUAUUGCCCAAAUCCACUGCUUAAUUUUAUGAACCUCAUAUGAUCUCCUCUUAACACCGUGGAGAAAUGCAUGGUUUUCCGUACACGGAAAGUAUACAGCUUGUAGUUUUGAAACCCUGCGUGCAAGUGUAACAGCAGGUCGGGUUCAAAAUUAUUCGGGAAUUAGAAAAGUUUUUUAAAACCGAAUUAUACUCUUCUUUUUAGUAUGAAAUUGGAAGAAGACGUGAUUUUCUACCGAAUAAGUAAAAGAAUGAAUAUUUUUAUGCAUGUUUUCCAUGAAAUAACAUUGAAUUUUCAAGGGCAUCGAAAAUCAAUGAGAAAAUGGCAUACUACGUACGUAGUCAUUUUUUGCAGAGUAUAGAUCUUGCAUGCAGCCGAAAAUAAGUUCUUUCGAAAGCCGACACCCUGAGGUAACUGGAUCAUUAUAGAUUUAUGCUGUAUCAUGAUUAGUUUUACAACACUACUUAAUUUAUCUUUUCGAAACGAGAACGCAUUCCGAAAUUUUGGUUGACAUUUCAUGAGUUAGCACAUCUACUGUAUAUAGCGCACUGCUAGGCUAAGAGUCAUAGACAAGCGAAGCGCUGCCUAAACCUGCAGUUUGUAGAAACUGAAGAAAUGGCUUAAUGCCUAUACCAGAGCUUUCAUCCAGGAAGGGGUCCAGAGACGCUGCUUGCAAUAUGCGGAUGAACAUGUUUUAGGAGGAUACCCUACUUUUUUGACCUUAUUCCAUUUAGUAAAGAUUCUGUAAGUGAGUCGGUUGGCUGUGAUCCUAGCUCUUCUGCCUUCAGAAGUUUGUUUUGACAAGGAAAAAAGUUUUUAGAGAGCCGUUUUUUAACGUAUUCCAAAAGGAAUUCAGACCCCUAGUGUCUGUAGGCCGCUGCAAAGUUGUCUGCUUUUAAAAGAUUUAAGUUAACUGCCAAUCCGCCAUAAUCACUUUUCACGUCACUCUAAACGCCAAAGGAGAGUCAGCGACUAUAUAAAACAUUAAAAUAUAUUCUACUAUGCCAUCGGAACCAGCCGCAAAAACGGCAUGAAGUUAAGGCCUCUGGUUAACGCUUGAGCUUCCGUUGCAUGUGUUUGUCCCUCUGGCUCCUCCAUCCGAUACUAGUGGCGAGAUGGUAGGAAUAAUAGUUAUGGAAGUGGUGGUGUGGGGAUGGAUUUGCUUGCUAUGAUUGUGCUGAUGAAUUUAACCUGUGGUGAAAUGAACAUGAAUAAUAAGCUUCACGAAGUUUCUGAAGACGUCGGACCGACGCCUAACGACGUACUAUAUCCCCAUUAUCCGAAUAUAAGCAAACAAUGUCUACUUUGUUCUCCUCUUCAAAUCGGUUCUCUGGUCUUGACGUAGUGAAAUAAACAGUUGUCUCUUGUUUUCAAACUGCAGACUGAGUGGCAUUUCUCCAUUUGCUGGUGAUUCUCAAAUCGAAACCUUCCAAAACAUUCUCGAGUGUGCUGUUACCUUUGAUCGCGAAGAGUUCGACGAGGUUUCCGCUGCGGCUCGCGAUUUCAUGGAUCGACUUUUGCAAAAGAAUCCCAAGUACGUUAGAGAAGCGGUUCACCUUGUCUCCCCCCUUAUUAUCAUCAUCAUCGUCACCAUCCUCCUCCUCCUCCCUCCUAUCCCAUUCAUUCUCUAGAAAAUUGAAGUAGUGCGUGGGCAGAUUGUGUUUUGCAAUACUUCCGUUCCCGUAGGCUUACAUUAAAUCUGAACUGGACAAUAUUUCCCCUUCUAUUAACCGGUUUACUUCUUCCAGAGCCUCAUGCUGAGCAAACCAUGACAUGUGCAUUACAUUUGCAACCGCACUCGUGUAAUGCAAAGCUAAUGUGUAUUUCACGCCCGAAAGCUGACUCGGUGAAUCCUAUCUAAAUGCAACCGAUGUCAGAUGGGAGGGGGGGGGGCGAAUUUGACAGCACAACUGGAUAGAGCGUUGGAGCCAAGUGAUAAAUGACUUACUGGUCCGGCUUCAAAUGUUGGUAGCGCCAGAGCGCGGGACUAGAAGAUCACUGUCUGAGAACAGUCAAGUACUCGAAAAUGGCAAUACUAACAUCCUUUCUUUUUGCAGAUAAAAAUUUUGGAUAAAAGUCAGCGUUCUAGGCAAAGCAUAGAGUGAAUAGAGUUAUUCCUUAAGGUCGCUUUCGGAAAUUGACCUACUAGGAGACGCACUAAAACAUCAUCAUAAAAUUAUACAUAUGACAUUAAAACGGUAAUUAAGGCUGGCUAGGUUGAAAAGCAGAAGAAGAACAUUGUCAGUGUAAAUGUCAGGUUUCAGCAGGAAUUUUAUUAUUCCACCUCAGAACUACCAUCCGGGCCCUGUCUUUUACACAGGCACAAACAUAUUUUCCUUCCCAGUUUAUCUUGUACGCACUGAUCACUUCCGUUCUUCCCAUUAAAGAAAUAAAAUGUGGAAGUGUAUUCCUCCAAAAAUUUCCGACAAAAUUCAUGAAGCUACAAUGCUCGAAUUAUUUUUUUGCCUGCAAGUAAGCCCUAGAACCAGAAAAAUUCCUGUCAGAGGCCGUUUUCAUGACAAUGUCCACAUUAUUUAUUUUAAGCUGAAAACUGGUGAGCCAUCGGCCCCAGGUUUAUAUAUACCGCAAUGACGCAAAAUUUAGUCACAUGAAAUUGCAAUUCGGAUAAGCCUAGUACAUACGGAAAAAUCGAUACACCCUAUCUUUCUGAUUUUCUGUUGUAAAUCUUCCCAAACAACAGAAACUAUGCCGUUUAGAAUAGUGUUUGGAUCAUAAAUAAUGAAAUUGCAGUGGUAGAUCAGUACUUCUAAAAGUGACAAGAUCCGCAUAGAUUUAAUUUAGAGAAGCGUGAGUGCAUGUUCUGCUGCAACUUGUGCCAAGAAAAAAGGUAAAGGUUUUUUUUCAAACCCUUUCUAAUCUAAAGCGUUUCUUUGAUGAUGCACGCAUCCUGAUGUCCACGAAUUUGUUGACUUAGUGGAGAAAACGCGCAGUUUCGCUAGCAAAACUUGGUAUUUAAUAAGCUUUGUAAUGUCUCCUAUAUUAAUAUGGCAGGAAUUUGAAAUUGUUUCCGGUCGUUGUGCGCAUCGAGUAAAUGGGAAAUUUUAGAAGGAGGAAAAAGCACACUUGCUCUCCAAGUCAACAGCGUUAUGAACCGAAUUCUUGUAUACUUUAUGCUACGCAAGGUAAAUAUUAAAAAACCAGAGAAAAUAUAAAUGGGUGGAGUAAUUAUUUUUGAUGUUAUAACGAAAUUGGAAGCUACGAAAUCUUUCAAUGGAAGGCCGGCGUACCACGCGUGAAUCAGUUUGAAAUAAAGUUUGGCAGAAAUUGUUCGUUCCUGUAAUAAUGCUUUAAAUCCUUAGACCGACAUUGUUGACGUGGUCAGAUAUAAAAAUAAACAUGUUUUCUCAUAAAAGGUAAACCGAAAUUCCAAAGCGUUUUUGAUUCGGAAAGAUUACCUAAGUAGGAUUAUAAUAUUGAUUACAGUACAGCAUAUUUUCAAAAUAUUUCAUGUACGUCAGGAUGCCGGUCUUUGGGCGAGUUACUUUUCGGCCACCUUCGAGAACAACGCUCUGAAAAAUGACUACACAAUUAAUAGGAUAUUUCCCUUUUGAUGCCAUAUAAAUGAAAAUAUAUGUUAUAGAGGGGAUGCACAACAAUAUUCGUUUCCGUGUUCAUUUAGUAACAAAUGGCUGCCUUUGACGAUUGAGCACACUUGGGCUCUAAAAAUUUCUAAUUAUGACACUAUUUUAUACCGCGAGGUAUCUUAUCAUAAUGCAUCGAAUGUGCCCAUAUAUUAAGGCUGUUUAUAAAUUAUGCAACUUAGCUCACUCGCAUUGCGAAAUUCGCGUCCUGUAUGACACCCUUGCGCAACAAAUAAACAGCCCAAAGUUUGAAAACCUUAAAUGUACGCGUGACGACAGAUAAGGAUCAAAAUUGUUCGGGAGUCGAAAAUAUUUUUUCUGCAAAAUGUCAUUUUUCAAGCCUAUGUUUUGCAGGAGACAUAAAAUGCUACCAAAUGAACACAAAAUAGAUACUUCUAUGCAUGCUCUCUACAAGGUAUAUUUGCAUUUAGGAUGGCAUCGAAAAUCGAUGGGAAAAAAUCCAUAUUACUUGUGUAAUUAUUUUUAACAAAGUGUAAUUUUUGCAGGCGGUCGAAAAGAAACUCGUUCUGAAGUCGACACCCUGAUGUGGCUGAAACAUUUUGUGAUGAUGUUGCAAAAUAGCUGAUAUUACAACUCUACCUUAGUAAUCUUUUCGAAUCAAAAGCACUUUGGAAUCUCGAGUAACGUUUCAUGAGUUAGCACAUAUAUUGUAUUAUUGGUGAUCUAUGAUUGCUUAAAUACCCUUGGAAAUUUUAUAGCAUGUAACCUUCAAACUACUCAUACGGUAGAACAUCAGAACUCCUUACAUGUUUACGAAAUCAUAAGGAUCCCCACUCGGGAACCAUUUGUUUGGCAGCUCACAAUGAGUGAGAUCACAAACUCUGUUUGCUGUUUUUGCAGAGACCAAACGAAGUAUGCAGUAUUAUUUCUCAUUUGAGGAUACUAAAAACAGUUAAGUACAACAGACACUGAUAGUUCAUAAUAAAAGGAUGAAUUUACACACAAUUCCCCUCAGCAGUAUUUUCGGCAGGUAUUUCCUCAUAAGACCGUACUUCCGUUCUCAUUUAUCAUGGUCCUUGCUUGGAAACGAAGACAAAAGGUACUAUACUUGAGAUUCUGACAGGCAGCAUUAUUCCCAUCCCUCCGCAUUCCAACAGACUUGCAACUCUUCCUUAUUUUUUUCAAAAGCGCAGUCAAAACAAACUUAAGGGAAACGAGUGGUUACCAGGUUGCGACUUUGCGUGAGAACUUGAACUGCUCGGUUCCUUGCCAGCAAACCGUGUUGUGCAAAACCGCUCGGCAGACGUAAUACCCAGAAGUGGUGAUGCAAGUAACGGGGAAAUGCGACAGUUUUAAUGCUCUUACAAAUUACCAGACUUUUGGUAUCAGUACGCUCAUAUCAGCAUCGACCAUCACGAGCGAAAAAACAUGCCAAUGGACUCUCUAGAACAUAAGUUGUUGCUAUGCCAAGUCCUGGGUAAAAUGCGCAUUCUUUCUUUCCGACCGGACACCCAAUAACCUAACCCUAUCGGACGCUGAAACAUCUUUGCAAGCCCAGAAGUUAGGGACCUUUGUCGACCAGAAACAUCCUGAAUUGUAAGAGCAUGCAACAUUUAACCAAACACUUAAAGGCGUGCUUUUCAGGGGAAUGACCAACGCGAUUUAUAUUUGGACAAGAUGAGCGGUUUCAAGAAAAUGUUUCUAAGAAUGCUUAGAAGACGAAAAUUAUCAAAAUUCAAGUCAAAUAUAUUAGCGACGCAACUAUUUCAAAUGUUCGCCGUCGUUACUACAAUUUUAGUUCUUCUUAAAACUCUCAAGAUUUCUGAUAAUUGAAGUAGGUCUAAUCGUGUUUCCUGGACACGAUGAGGGAGAAAUGUGCUUUAAAUAACAUGAAGAUUUUGGGAGUAAUCUUAUAUACCCCAUUUAACUGUACGAUUUAGGAGAAUUGCUUAAAGUUCUAUGGUGCCUUUCAGUUAUCGAUGUGAUUUAAUACCAGCUUUUAAAUGCAAACUCCAAGCGUCUUCUUCCUCUGCAAGAUGGCGAUAAAGUUGAAUUUUAAUGCAAGUCUUGUAUAAUUUGUUGAUAUGCGGAACCCGCGUAAAACGACAGGCAAGUGUAUGCACACACUAACCGCACACAGAAAAUAGCGCGAAGUCAUGAGUCAUUUUGAAUCGCGGACCCUGUGACAAUGUUCCAGCGCGGAGUGUGUACACGAGUUAGUUCAACUCGCACGGACCAUAACAAGUUUAACUUCGAUACUUUGUCAGAAUUUAUGGAAAUUUCAUUCCCUCAUGCAUUAAUAUUCGCUUUGAGUAGUCUCUGGUAUGUACGAUAUUUUUGACGGUCGUUUUUGCAAUGGGAUGAUGUUGUUUUCAUGGAUACUAUGGUCGCACCACUUUAUAGCACUCCACAGUUUUUUUCUGGCAGCCACCCUGAGGCUGGUAGUCUAUUUUUGAAAAUAGACUUUCGUCCGUAAAUUGGACCUUAUCACCAAAUACGUAAACGGAUAGUCCGAAGUUUCAACUGCAUGCUUGAAUUCACCAUUAAAGGCAAAAAACAAUAAAGAUGACUGGUAUCCGCUGACAGUUUUCAGGCACCUGGUUCCCUGUCGAUAGAUGUGCUUGCGCUCCCACUGGGUGUAGUGGGUGUGUGCGUGGUUGCCCAUGGACUUGUGUCAUCCUUCUUUUUCUAACCCAUUUUUGCUGAUGGUCAAAAUCCUGGUCAAGUUUUUGUAGUGGACGAGGGGGUGAGAUGGCAUGUCUAGGUGCGGGUUCGAUCGUGCCAGCCACCUGCGCCUUCCCCCGCCUUCGGUCUUGCUGACUUUGUCUUGACACCGGGCUCAGGAAGGCACGGAUGAGAGAGUGCGGUUGAUGCUGAGCAAGUCUACUAUUACUGUAAACUAACUCACACGCAAGUCACCAUGCCUGCUCUCACCUUGCCGUGGAACACACGGUGGACAUCGUCGGCAACGACGGUUAAAUUGUCAAUACUAGGUGGUACAAUAAUUGCUUGGUCAGUUGGUUUCACUAUAAUAACUAAAUGUCUCUAUAACUUCGCGAGUUUAUCUUAAGUGACGAAUAUACGAAGUUUACUCCUGACUUAAUAGUCUCCUUUGAUUUCACGCUCCCCAACUUCAGCGUAUUUUUGCCAUCUGCCAGAUCUGUCCGCUGGUAUUUUACUUUCUAAACCGGAAGCCACUUUACCAGACUUUCAGGGACGUUUUGAGUGUAGGCCCAUACUGUAUUCGGCGGACUUUCUACGGUUCCCCGAACGAAUGAUGUGGCAUACGGCCCGAUACUCUGCAUGUAGUUUAGCGCAACACACGUAGAAGGACCAAUAGCAGUGAAAAUACGAUUCCCAGGUAGCAGAUCAAAAGAAGAGGAAGCGUUAGGAUAAAGACUCUAUGACGGCGGUUCUUUAGUGUUUACGUAAAUAUUUGCUUUUGAAAACCAGCUUUUUAAACGAAUUCGUUGCUUGCGGCUUACGAUCGUCAAGGCGUAAUAUCUAAUUUUGAUUACAAUCACCCUUGUUCUAACUAUUAAAUAACGAAUAUGGUUGCAUGUUUGAUAAAUUCAUAAAGCAUCUUACGAAAGCAUAGACGCUAGCAUAAUGAAUUUACGAAUGUCGUUAUGAUGUAGCAUCUCAUCUGCCAAUGUACAAGUGAUGAACAGACCUACUCAGAAAAUGGCAGUGUCAAGUUUUGACUUACAAAGCUAUUUGCAGAAUUCAGCCAUAAUUGUACAUGCAUACACAACGAAAACUUUCGCCUUUUUAUGCGUUUGUAGGAAGCGAGCAACGGCGGCUGAGUCUCUUCGACACGCGUGGAUACAGGUACGUGAGAACUUCAACACCUGAAAAUGUGUAUUAUUAAUGAGAGGGGCGUGUGAUUUUUUCGACAAGAUCGUACCUCGCGACAGAAUGCCAGCCAAUGCAGCAAAGGGCGUGAUGUUCUUUACAAGUUUUUACACGCACAUAUGUACCCUGGGAAGCAGGCUUGCAUUCUUUUAUCGUUUUUCCCAUUUAUCAUACUCUCCCGAUGCAAAAUAUACUGGAGAAGUUAAGCUGACACCCAGAUGGACUGUGCCGCCGUUGCGUUUGACCAAGCCUGGACCCACAUUGACCAUCUACAUGAGUUACACCACGCUAAAUUGUACAGAGUCCUUAGCUGUGGCCCCGUACAUUCGUGAGGCACACAUUAGUUGGGGACUCGCGUCAUCAGUCGGCCGACAAACUUGGGAAAAAUGAGAGUAAAUCUGGGAUGUCCAUCUACAUGGAAUUUCGGGACAUCCCUCACACUAAUAAAUCUGACGCGUUUAACUCUUCCACAAACCGCUAACAAGUGUGACUUUGAAGGCUGUCCCUUUGAAACAAGCGUCUGUAGUGGUUAUGUAGUGAGACUGUGUGCUAUGAGCGCUAAGACUACCAAAUCGAAUCUCAAGUCGUAAGGAGAGGAGACGGAAGGCACCAGAACAAGGGGUUUAUUGUGCACAGAGCCCGGAGUUGUCCUUUCAGGCGGCAGUGGUCAUUGGCGAAGCCAUGGCUGGUGUUGACUGCGUCCAGUCGGGCCUGAGAGUCCCUGAGAUAGUGGUGGCAACCGCCUUUGUAGAUCGUGGGCCAAACUAAAGUGGUGUCUAGUCAGUGUGUGUUGCAUUUUCCGAGGGGUGGUGUCCCAGUGGUUGCACUUGCAGGGGGGGGUGCGUUCAAGUUGCCGCAUGUGCAGCUGCGGCUGUGCGGACGCAGGUAUGCCCGAGCUGUCGGUCGUGUGACUUCAGGUCAGUGCGUCUGGAACGGCUCACCGCAAAAGGGCGGAUGACCUUGGGGUAGCGACGCCUCAAACAAUGACGCCAGACCGGUCAUGAUGGCUGCCCGCUACACGUCUGACUACAAUCGUUCCAUCUUGAUGUGGCCAGUUCAAAAAAGAUCACUCAGGUGACAUCCGGGCACGAGUUAGACGACAACUUCGAAUCUCGUAAGCUACAGUGCUAAAUUUUACCUGAAACCUGAAUGUCUCUGAGAGACCAUUAGUAUAUCGGGGAGAAAAAAGAGAGUCUGCUCCUUCCAGCUCGCAUUCAAUGUCUAAUUUUUCACCAUGGAUCGUAAAAUAUUACGACGCGCUAAUAGUCUUGGUUUGGUAGGUUGGCAAUUGAAGAGAAGACCCGGUCCUCUCCGGGAGCUUGGGUCAAUAUGGAGUGGUUUUCUGUCAAUAUGAACCUUAUUGCAGUCACACUGGCAUGAUAUUUGAGACAUCUCCCAGUGGGGUCUGCUAUGUAUGGACUUAAAGUCAAUGGCCGAUCCUAUGAAACGCUAACCGAACUUCCGAAACUCGUUUUCGACUAGUAAGAAUUAGGUUAGCGAGAUUGUAAGAUUGACUGUCUUGUGAUACAAUUCCAAGAUAUUUCAUACAUGUCAGAAUGUCGGCUUUUGAAUACAUUUCGUUUCGGUGGCCUGAAAAACAACACUCGAUAAAAAAGGACUACUAAGUAGUGUACACUUCUUCUACUGAUUAUUGGUGUCAUUAAAGCCUUAAAUAUAUUUUAUAAAAGCAUGCACAAAAUAUUUUUGCACUCGUUUAGCAGGAAUUUAUAUCUUUUCCAAAUUUCAUGCUCGCGUGAAGGGUUUAAAGACGUUUUUCCAUUUCCAAAUAUUUUUGAACGCAAUAUGCCGUUGCAUUUGCGUUUAGAGCUUUCAUCCCACAAGCCGUAUACUUUUCGUACAAGGACUAUCAUGCAUUCCCCAUAUUGCUAAGAAGGUGUCACAUAUGGCUCCUAAAAUUUUGCAAUUGAAAUAGACUGUGUUUCACGCGUCAUUGAGAACAUCAAUAAACGGACAGGCACGAUCACUUUGAAUGGACUUUGCACAGUCUAGAAUAUCUCAUAAUUAGGAGUAUUUUAAAACCAAAAUAUACCCUUUUUGACUGAAAAUAAUUUAAAGAAAACAUGAUUUUCUGUCAAUUGAGUGCAACAAGUCUGUUGUUUCUAUUUUUCUCUGGCAUUUAUUCAAGUUCUAUGGGCAAUGAAAAUCAAUUACAAAAACGCAUGCUACAUAGGAGUUACUUUUUCCGAGUGCAUUUUUUCAGGCGGCCUCUUUAACUCAUCCUUCGUAGCCGAAAACGCAUUUUGGAAUUUCGACUGAAAUUUUAUGAGAUCAGUCACUGACAGUGUAUACCAAACCGCUUGAUGAACGUGUAGGCGGGCUAUUUAGCUUUGUUAGUCACUGUGUCCAUGCCUAUCUGCAGCCAUACUAACUUGGCCCUGCCUUAGGAAUAUGGCGGAAUGCGACGAGAUAAUGAUGUACGUAGGUGCAAAGAAGGUCCAAUGUCCUGUAAACAACUUCCCACGCAAACCACGAUUGCGCUGCCAAGUCCGGGAUGAACCUCGUGGCUUGCGACAACCCAAAUCUCAAGUGCGUUAAACGUUACUUAUAGAAACUGGAAUUAGAACGCCUGGUCGGAAGAUCGGGAGGACAUCUUCAGGGAGACAAACAUUUUUGACUCAAAUUAUUGAGUGAAACCUCUUCAAAAACAGAAGCGAGAUAUUGAGAUUGUUUUACGUAAUUUGACAUUUGGCAAAAUUUUGCCUCUAUUUUUGUCUUAUACACGUUACUAGUACUCUUUACCUAGUCAGGUUUCGAAUACAGGCACUAGCUAAAUAAUCGUAACCUUGGUUCAGCAACCUUCUGAAUAAGAUUUGGUGUUCUUCCUGUGGUUUCUGGUACACUUUUAAUGAUAGCUCUGACAUCAUUAUGCCAAAAUAAGUAGACAUAUGUUUUUAACUUAAUACGACCUUGGGAAGUUUUACACUGAGAGAAUCAAAUGUCAGCAGAAUAAGCUAAUGCGCGACUGGCCGUAGACAUUAAAAAUUCUCAACUCUUUCGGUCAAAAUCGGCCGACAUCGUUUACAGUGGUAGAAUAAGUUGGGUGUGGCCAUCCAUUUCUCCUUUACAAAUUGCCAUCCCGGAACAUUAAACUUUGCCAGUCUAUGCUGGGGAAGCUGGAGUUUGAACGAGACGACAAUCCCAUACCAGAAAGUGUAACGCAAAUUGUUAGCGUCUCAUGAAACGAGUUGCUGACAAGGGAUUAAUAAAGUAUUUAUACGGAGAAGAUUUUAAGAGUCAGCAGUGACGGAGUGUGCUGAAUGUUGUACUUUAGGCGGCCUGAACUUGAUUCAUUCCUACAGCGCUAGAAUUAGGUCACUUUCCCUUCUUACCCGUUUAACUUUCCUUGGAAACUUGUCUAACGUAGUUGAACUUUUUCUGCACAUACAUGCAUAUUCAUCUGACAUGACACUUGCCGUUUAUGGUUUUGUUGUCCUGCCUAAGCUUAACACGAUGGGAAUUUAUUAUAUUAACUGAACGAAACCAAAAAGAAUUAACCAAACCCUUGGAUUUGAAUACCCUUCAGUUCAGGUCUUUGACUACGGUUCUCUUCCUGACAUAUCUCUUUAACAUGCCAUGAUCACACACACAUUGUUAAGAAGCCAAUUUUGUUAUAUUAAAGUUGGUAAAAAUUAGGGCGGAACAGUCCAAACUAGUCUGCUUGAUUUUUUAACAAGGGCUUCUUUGUCCAUCAUAUCAUAUCCUUGCCCAGGUCAGCUAAAAUGUUUCUAUCGCUAAACCCACAACGCUGAAAUACCUACAUUCGUUGAAAAACAAAAUUGUAUUUCAAAAGAUCGCUACAGUUCUUAGACCGUUAAACCUCAACAAAAUGAGGCGAAUAGAUGAGCGGUCCUAAAUAUUUAUAAACGGUUGAUAGGAAAAACAGUAUGGGCUAAAGUUUCCAAGUGCAGUCUGGAUGCUUCAAAAUAAUUUUCGACGUGAAAAGCACCCAGAAAGUAGAACCAAAGGUUCAUUCAGAGAAAUAGAGAUGGGUCGGAAAAGAUUAUUACUGUUAGAUAGGACACCCCAUGGUUGUCAGUGUCUUAUAAAAUAAAUUGCCGAAGUGUUCUGCUCUAAUCAAUUUUGCGGCAUGAUCGAAUGCCCAGAUACGUCGUUAUAUGCUCGGCUGACAUUUAUGAAAAUACGGAUUCCGAGCCUAGGUUGCGCAGGAGCUGGUCUGGCAGUUGCCCAAAUUGAAGUGUUGGGCGCCAGGGGUCCUCCUCUUGUCUUGAUUACACAUCAAAGGAGGGUUCACGGAGAGAUUGUGGAUCUCAGAAUGGGGAAAAACAUGAAACUUACUUUUGGCAUAUACAGAAUCUUGCUGAGCGAAGUGGGAGACUGUUUAGAUUGAUAGAAAAUAUUUUGGUUUAGAGCUCCUGUACGACCUCCGAAUCACAAAUUCCCGUAAUCCAGAGGAUGGACCUCCCUGCACUCAAAAAUGCAGCAGUGUUCGACAACUGUUCGUCUAUCCUGUCUGUGGACAACAAGGUGUGUUUUUAUUUCUAUCCUUUCAUUUAAUUCUGUGGAAUGUUUUGCGUAGGGCUAAACUAAAAAUAUGUUCACAUUCCUUCUGGUGCAAGGUCACAUUCCAAUGAACCCUUUCCUAACGUGGGCCUUUACCCAGCUGUCUGUCUUACAGGGUUUUGCCUACAGCAUAUUUCAUCUGUAGUUAAACUUUUGUUGCAAAGCGCCUAAUUUAGAUUCGACUGAAUUUGCUCUCGUGUAGGUAAAUUAUAUCUUUUGGUCAAAACGUUAAGAAAAAAUAUCUUAUAAAUGUUUUCCAGCACAGCUUUAUUCUCAACAAAUUUAAUUAUCCUUGUCUCAAAAAUGCACACCUUAUUUUUUCGGUGUAUUUCUCAUUUUCUGAUCACGGUGUGUCCGCUGUCUUUUAAAUCGUGUGAUAAGUGGCCGCCUAGUAAAUACUAAUAUUUGAUGACUGCACAAAACAGGUCGACCACAGACAUCCUUUUUAUGCCAAUUAACAGUUAGCCGUCUCCGGCGCUUGGGAAGACCAGCUGUGUAAAAGCCCUUCGGGUUCUUCAAGAAGGCGAGGCGGCAAUUAACGGUUGCAGACCUUGCUGAUUGUGCCAUCCGAAGCACUCAUUAGGCGAAGUGGUUGUUUUCGAGCGGGCCACUUUUGGCCUUCUCCUAUCUUUGUCCUUUGCAAUUUAAUAGCCUUUUGUCGGUUGGCAGAGGAUGGUAUUCGAGCAGGGGAGGAUUCGGGGUCGCGAGAAGCAGGAGAUAAUUUGAAUCAGGACCUCGUAGAAGGGCUAAUUAGGUCCCUUUUGUACGUGCACUUCGGUGCUAUGCAAUAGGAGACUGUUUGCUACCCUCUUGACCAGACAAGUCGGCGGAAACCGCUUUCUGUAUCGGAAUUUCGGAUCAGAGGCAAUAAAAUUGAGGAUGCUGUUCAGCCAUCUGGACUCUAGUGCACCUUGAUGUUUCAAUCCAGGUUUGAAAUUGGGAGUCAGGCUAGGAGGGGAUGGGGAAGAGCAUUAAAUAAGAUUAUACCAUGUGUCCUCCCAAGCUCUAUAUAUUUACGCAAACUGUGCAGUUGGCUGAAAGGAUUCACAACUCUCUUUUAGACGAUUUAUGAUACUUUGUAGGGCAAAGACGAUAGUCGAAAGUCAUCGGCUGAAAAUAUUACAACAGAAGGGGGAGAUGGAGGCUUCCCCAUUCUCAACGGCACAUCUCCUAUAUCCUCAGGUAUGCAACUAAAUUGGAUUUUUGAAAAAUGUUAAAACCGAAUUUAAUAUGCUCGACCAUAAUAUCAGUUUGCGAACUAGCCAGUACUUCUAAUAAGAUGUAGGAAGCAAACAUGUGAUUUGGCAUAAUUAAGCUCUUCUCGGUGUACGUUCAAGAACCAUUACAAAACUUCUUACAUUUAAAUGGGGUAUUAGAAUUUGUUUUAGUCCAAGUAACCCCGCCUACUUUUUAAAAAGAUAAGAUCGAUCAUAAUUUCAUGCCUUAUGAAAAUCUACCUCUACUCUUUUACCCACUUCAUACGUUUGCAGACCAAUUUUGUCCUUAAACGUUUUCUCAGCGAGCCAUCGCUUUCACUUUUAUGAAGUGCUUUCAAACACUUCCCUCGACGCUUUCUUUCCUGAUAUUUUGUUCCGUAGAACAACUACCAAAGACGCCGUUCUAAUUCUUAAAGCGCAGGCUUUCUCAGAAAACCUUUUUUGUUCGAACGAGUAUAAACUCGAAAUAUAGCAAAAAUAACCAUACCUGUCACUGUAUUUUAGAACUUAGCCUUGUUUUUUUCAUAAACUUAAACUGACUACAUAUCUUACUCAAUAAAGAGUCGUCUGUACCGUCUUCGACAGUCUGCCUUGUCAAACAGCAUUUUAGCGGCAAAGAAGCUACCAUGUGUUCUGAAAACUAAAGAAUACUGAAUUACUUUGCUAAAUUUCCGAGGAAAUUAAUGCGCGAACUUGAAGUAAAUCUUUCGGAGCAGAACUUUUCAGGCACGGUCCGAAAUUUGAUAUGUACAUUUGAUCUGAGAUGCAUCAGCUGCUGCGGAAUGACCGCGUAAUAUUCAAAAACUGCCGCAGGCAGUCAGUAGUAUAGAAUUGUGUAAUUACUUGACGGUUAGUCCGCAGUGACUGAUGGAUUUCAGCUCAAAUAUUCGUAUGCAAUGUUGGACCGUGCCUGAAAUGGUCUGUUCUGACAGAUUUCCUCCAAGUUCGCGCAUUACUUUCCGUGGAAAUUAAACAAGGCAAGUUGAAGCUGGAGUUCAUAUACCAGAAAAAACACGGGAAGAGCUGGGAAACCCACCGAUGAGCUCAACCCCCGCAACCGCGUCAGGAAGCGGCACAAGAUUGGCGAAACACGCGUGUCUGGGCUUUUAGCUAAUACCUGUGUUGUUAGUAUGGUAAAUAAUUACACAAGAGAUUGUCUACAUAUAUCGUAUUUUAACCAAUGCGUAGUGCGUAUUUCUCCCUCGAAGUCGCGCGCAUUUUUUCUGCAAACCUCGUAAUUAACGGGCGUUUCGUUCGGCGCUUCCAGUAUUAUAGACCAGAGUCGGAAACGGUUGUAUGCACCUGACUCCCAGACACAACCGAAUCGCGACUCGAAAUGCGUCGCUCCGAGAAGCUGAAUAAUGCUACACUAGGUGGGCUAACUCAUGAAAUGUCAUCCGAAAUUCCGAAAUGCGUUUUCGUUUCGAAAAGAUUGAUUAAGUAGGGUUAUAAAACUAGUCAGCCUGCAACAUUGUUCUUUAAUAUUUUGGCUACCUCAGGAUGCCGGCUUUCGAACGAACUUCCUUCCAGCUGCAUGCAAAAACCACACUCUGUAAAUAACGACUACUUAUGUAGCAUGAAUUUUUCUCAUUGGUUUUCGAUGCCCCUAAAUGUCCAAUUAUAUUUCAUGGAAAACAUGCAUAAAAAUAUCCAUUCUUUUGCUCUUUCAGUGGACAAUUACAACUUCUGUCAAUUUUACACUCGAAGGAAAAGUAUUAUUCGGUGUUUAAGAACUUCUUUUAAUUCCGGAAUAAUUUUGAACCCGCUCUACUGUCAAACGUGGAUUCAGGGUUUCCAAGCUACAGGCCGUAUAUUUGCCGCGUAUGAAAAAGCACACAUUUCUCUACGAUAAUAAAGGGGGUUCAUGUAGGUUUCAUAAAACUUAGCAGUGAAUUUGAUCAAUAUUGUUACGUUUGCAUGACACAUUGGUAAAUGAAGAGACAUGACGAUAUAUGAACGGCCAUUUCACGGUAUUUAAGAGUCCCACAAUUAGAAAAUUUUUAAAAACUGAAUUAUGUCCCUCCUUCGAGUAUAAAACUGGAAGAAGACAUAAUUAUCUACCGAAUUUGCGAAAGGAUGAAUAUUUUAUGCAUGUUUGUCAUGGAAUGUAAUUGGACCUUUGGGGACAGCGAAAAUCAAUGAAACAAAUGCAUGCCAAAUAAGUAGUCAUUGUUUACAGAGUAUAGUUUUUGAAUGCAGCCGGAAGGAAGUUCAUUCGAAAGUUGGCAUUCCGUGGUAACUGAAAUAUUGUAGAAUUACGUUGCAAACUGAGUAUUUUUACAACCCUACUUAAUUAAUAUUUUUGAAACGAAAACGCAUUUCGGAAUUCCGGUUGACAUUUCAUGAGUUAGCUCGCCUACUGUAUGUCCACUGCGCUACAAGACGUAAAAUGUUAGCAAAAGUCUGCCUUUGUUAUAUGGAGUGUUAUUUUGUGAUUUAGCAUCUAAAAUACAGUAAGUAUCCUCGUUACACGUUUUUAUUUAUUUAUGUUCCUCAGAAAUGAUGAAGGCGUCUCACAAGCUGUUAUUGUUUUCGAACAAAUCUGUCCGCGCACUUGUUCACUUUCCUGUUGUUCUGCGUGAGCACUUUUACAAUCAGAAAUUGGCUAAACAUACUCGGAGCGUUUCCUGUGGCGCCCAAGCAGUCUCAAGAGAUCGGGGUAUUCUAGAGUAUAUGCCAGCUUUGAGGAAAUUCGCAGACUACGUGAAUUGAAUUUUCUCCAAAUUAAUUUAUUCCUUUCUGCAAAGCACCUACUUUACGUAGGACAAGUUUUCUUGCAAUUGACAGUAUGUAACAUGCGGGCGCCACUGUCUGAGGCAUAGUUUAGCAUCCCUUUUUUUCUCUCAAAUGUCAGUACACAUUAUGAUUUUAAAAAAUCUGCACAUUGCUAACAAGAUGACUGGGUUUUUUGGGGCGUUAGUUAUAGCAAAACCCCGAGAGCAUUGCUUAACCCAUGGUCAAAAACGUCGACACAGUCUUCGUGAAGGACACACUAAGUAGGAAUUUGUGGACUUACGCACUAAAGUUGAGGUACAAUUGCAUCAACAAUAUAUCAGAGCCAUAGGAGAUCUGAUAACCACGCGCUGAUAUCCUAUCCUGAGGUCUUAUUUUCUAGGCAAAAAUGGGGUUGCUUAUUUGUCAUGUAGCCUCACAAAGAUUCUACAUUCAAUUACUGUUUGGCUUUUCAUACUGAUGGCACAGAUAUUAGUUAGAAGCACAGACACGGCUGUUUUGUCGAUCUUGUGUCGCUGUUUGACGCAUCUGCGAGGGGUUCGGUUCACCAUUGAGUCUUCAAGCGUUGCCGCAUGCUUUCUGGUAUAUAAGGACCGGAGAAAAAGGGUGUCUGAGUGAGGCAUUUCUUCGAUUUUUCUGCAAUUAUUUAACAAACUUACGCAUAAUUAACUUUUAAUUCCAUUUCUAACUCUCCCGCUAGGGUAAAAUAACUCAUUGAUCAAAAUUGUUUUACUUGACGAAGGGGGGUAAUUUCGAUUUCCGGAUUUUUCAGUCAUAGGAAUUUUUCGGACGCCCACACUAAUAUUUGCAUACUCUAAGAUGAUUUUUGCAAAGUGAGCACUUACAUUCGUUGUAAUUAAUUCUGUGAUAUCAUGCGGCCUCUGCAUAGAGACGAAAACGAUUAAUGAUUUUUUGAGGCACUCGAGAAGCGGGGAUACGCUGUUAUGUUUUAACGGACGCAUUAACUACUGCACUAUUCUAGACCUUCGAAUCAAACAAUUGCAAUGACACAAACGUUUUCAAUGUGAAAAUUAUGAAAGAAAAUUUAUAUGCAGCAUUUUGGGAAUGUAAAGUUCUCAAAGUGUUUAUCAAAAGCGAUAAAUAAACAGGGUAAUUAAAUGCAGCUUUUGUCCCGAAUGUAAUUUAUGCACGUGUUUUGCAAGCAUUUCACAUAAAAUUUGGCAUAAUGCUAAGUGUUAGCUAAUUUUGGUUUAUUUUCCAUUCUAUCCGAUCUCGUAACUUGACCGAGUUUUAAAAUAACGGUGUUUAUGGAAAGCGUAGGUAAUUUUAAUGAGGAUUACGAGCAUGGAAUAUAAAGUUUGGGCAACUUUCGAUACCAGUUUUCUGGAUUUCACUGCAGUUGUUGUGUUUGGGGUAUUGUACAGCAGAUUUCUCUAGUCGUCAGUUUGGAUUUGAAGAAGGAAACGCAACUGUUGGUGAUAUACGCCAAGCUAUCACUCAAUUAAUAUUUUUGCAUAAAUUGCAUCCUUGUUUUCAUUGAUAGUGAAAAACGAGAUGCUUUCAAUGGAUGACUAGCAACUGGCCUCGUAUUAACUAAUUAAGAAUGCAGAAAACAUUAUUUGUCUCGAUAUUCGUCACCGUCAGCCGAAAUAUAAUAAAAUCUACCAGCAUGAAUUAGCAAAAGCAAAUAAAACGGUAAUGGAAUAAAAUUUGACUUUUAAAAAAACGUAUUCUACGCUGCUAUUAUGUUUACGGCCAAACGGCGGUUUCAGACAUUCUCUAUCGUGGUAUCAAGUGAGAGAAAAAAAUGGAUCACAUGACUGCGGUGCCCGUCGACUUAGGCGCAAAAGCGCCGUAAUUGUCCCCCCCCAACGAGUAUCGACACUCCUUUUUAAUUAAAUUUGAUCGAGCUAAUUGCCCAAUACGAUUUUUUGAAGGUUGGUUUGUGAGGUGUCAGACGCGGUUUAUUUUCCUUUUGAAAUCCCUUAAGCCUAUUCAUGCGGAAAUCGCCGUAACCUUUGUGCCGUGAACUGAAAUCCCCGAUUUAAUUUCGCUUGCAAUACGGAUAAACAUUAAAAACUAAUUCGUGCACAGUGACGCGCCAGUUAUCUGCUUAACCGCCUUACGCGUGAGUGGUCACUGUGGCUAUAAAAAUCUGCCUAAAUAUAUAUUUGAUCUUUCUGUAUAUCAUGACCGAAUUUGACUAAUUCAGAACUCUAUCACGAUUGGAUUGGGUUUUUGUACGUAAAUUGCGUGCUGUGCUAGUUAAUAUUUGGGCAUUCAUUGUUUUUUCGGGUAAAUUUGGCCAGAUGCUGUGGCGCAUGUAGAUGUGGUUAGUGCCGAUUGGCUGAAAUGGAAGGCUGUGCGUCAUGUGACAACUUAUAACCGAUUGCAAAGGAAACGAACCUUGAAUCGUACCCGGAGAACAAAGUAAAAUUUACUUACCGUGUGGGCAACUCGAGAGUCUGCUCUAGAGGUCUUUGUAAGGAGCCAUUAUUGGUAGGCGAGGAUGGACAGUUUCUCCUACCCAACACACGAAUUCACAAGCCAAUACUAACAAUGGAAAAGUAAUAAAGUGCUUCUACUAGGCUGAGCAGUAUCCCAUAUCUACAUCUGGUUAUUCAUCGAAGAUUAUCACCGCCUACAUCACCUGGAGUUUGUCUAGAAUGAAACAACUGGAAUUCUAGUCGUGAUAAGUUUGUUGAUUCUAAGCUAAUCAAUUAUGCAAAAAUAAAGUAGGCAUUUUAGGAUUUUGCCGGCAGGAGGCAAUCCAGAUUACUUGAAUGUUUUAAUCCUCAAAUGCGGAACUCACAUUUUAAGCCAUACUAUCAACUAUAUACCUUAUUUUCGUUUACUGCAAUGCUCUAAUGCGAAUUUAUAUUUUCCCCUGAAAUAAAUGACGUUUCACAUAAUAAUUAGGCUUGAAGCUAACUGCGUUUGAUAUUGGAAAAAUGGGAUUUACACACAUUUUUUACCGUGUCGUUCAAAAAUUCGCUUACUUUGUGAAAUAUGGACUCCAUUUGGCCUAGUUAUAAGGACUCUUCAGAACUUCAGGAAUUCUUUCCACAAGACCUUAUUUUAAUGGUAGGAGGGCGCUCACCGAUGGCGCUACGGAGCUCACUCGUCCCAUUGUGCCUUUGGACUCUCUCUCCACCCUCGCCAGCAGGCACAUAACGGCGCAUGAUAGCAUUACCGACAAAGACAAUGGAGCCUCCCUUGUCUUAGUCGGUAAUUCGAUUCUACUUAUUUUUAUUCUUUCACUGGUCAUAUACUGUAGACAUUUUACAGCUUUGAUGAAAAUGGCCGAAGCUUUUCGAACACAGUUUAAGAAACCUGCGGGCACCGCCUCCCCGAGAUUUCGCUUUUCAGCCAAAGAUAAAAUUUUCCCCCUGUUCAUGAGUAAAGAGGAAUAACGCAGUAAUGAUUUAAUCAAGGGCUUUAUUUUUCGAAAAUCAUACAUGCUCUUAAGGGACUAUAAGGCAUGGAAACUUGUUAGACCUUUAUACGAAGAAUAAUUUAUUUCAUAUUGACCGAACUGUGAAAAACUCGGCGCCUCGUCGGUAUUCGAACCCACGCAGUAAGGAGAAGGGUUUAGUACAGACAACACUGUAACUACUUGAGCUACGAGGCCCCGCCGGACGACGCGAGUUUGAUCACAUUUGAGUCAAGUUUACCCGCCCAACCUACUGCAACGUCUGGAAUCCACCAAAUCUGAUACAGUAAGUUGACUGCCCAAGCAGGAUUUCCUAAGUAAUGCCCCUAGAAUCCACCAGAUGACUACCAGGCUCACGUAAUUCAUAGGUAUUUUGGCAGAUUUUGAAUAAUUCAUAUUGACCAAACUGUGAAAUUUUGAUAUUUGAUAUAAAGAUGGAAAGAAAUGACAAAGAGCGCGCGUAGUAAUGUCUUGAAGACGAGAGUAAUGCGGCGGCCACGGUGAUGCUGAAACCAACGCCCACAUGCCACUGCACAUGAAUUAACUUCAGAACUUUUGCUAAUCUAUCUGGCAGUUCAAUGUCACAUAAUAACCCCUUUCUAAUCAGCAGCAUCUCUAGCAAGUUCAGCAAAUAUAUCGUGAAUUUUCGUAGUUUCUAUAAUCGAGCGAAAUUUGUAUGUCUGUGAAGAAACUGAUGCGAGAGCGAAUAACCAUCGUACCGGUGCCCGAGAAGGAGCAAUCAUGGCAUCUGGAACCGCAGAAGUGAGCUUUUAAGUAGCGAACUGUCAUUUUCCUGAAAAUCUUGGAAUAGAUCACUUUGCGGUUUCAUGAACUGCUCUCGUUUUCACUGGUUUUUCGGAUAAUUUGUUCCGAAAAGAAGUUAAGUAUUAUCUCAAAAAACUUUUUUUUGGCAUGCCACUUACAUUUUAAUGAAUCUGCGCGCACUUCGUCCGUAGUAACCGAACAAUUGACAACCACGUAAGGCGCGCGCGCGCAAGUCUUGGAUUUUAACAUCGUGAAUUUUUAUUUCCGUCUUCUAAGGAUCACCAAUACCGAGUCGGCGCGAGUCAGGUACAAAACCGGACCUUCCAGUGGUAGUUGAAGUAAACGGAACAACCACGGUAGCCUCUGCGUUGAAACCCGCUCUGCAUAAUUCCCAUGAGGAGAAGCCCCCUCCUACAGAAAAUUCCAAAGUCCCAACGGAGGUGACGAUUCCAGUCAACCGCAUACCCAGCAAGGAGACCACUUCUGAGAACCUCGUAUCCCAAAUGAAGAACGCACACAUCACCUCCGUGGGUCAAAUGCAAUCUGGCAAACCUGCCGAAUCGAACCCGCCGCCGCCGACAGUGAAGGCGAAUGGACUGUGCCCCAGUAAGUCGGCCCCCCGUACAUCAUCAAUCCCGAAUGGGAGCAUACAUUCCCGCCACCUGGGUGGCGUAUCUCUGUUAGAACGGGCCGCCAAGUGGAUAGAGGCUAAAAACCAGUCUCUGGACGCCUACGCCAAACGCCUGCCUCCCUUUCGGCCAUCUGCUCCCUCAAAGAUGAAUGCCUUCAUCGCAGCACGCAGUUCCUUCGUGACGGCGUCAAGUAUAGCCGAGCGGAGAUUGGCCUUUACCAAGGAGACGACAGUCUCGGGAUUCCGUUGGAGGAUGGUGGGAGACAGCGAAAAUACAGCAGCCAAAAGAGGCAACGCCACCACCUAG